CCCUCCUCUCCUCCCUGGUGCUCAGUCCUUUAGCUCCUACCCUGGUUUUAUUCUAAGGGCUGGAGCCUGCAGCUCAAAGCACAAAGUCACUCAAUGCAAUGAACUUCUGGCUUGCAAACCGUGUGUGAUCCACCCUGCAGAGAGCCAGGCACUGCUUAAUCUGAACUUCAUUUUGCACCUCCUCCUCAUGCAGUCAACUUCUCUAAGCCUACUUAGGCACUAGCAAUACUGCCCCAGGAAAUAAAGACUACUUCUUGACUUCAAUAGCUAUUGUCACAGAACACAACCAACAACUGCAUUUUAAUAGCUCCAAUAAGCACGUCAACUUUUUGUUGCUGUUUGUUCUUGUCCGUGCUGUUCUUCUGCUGGAGAUAGUUUGAUGGAGUGAACGUUCUAUGCAGAUUCAGACUCGCUGCAGCACCAGAUCGCUUGUUACUUAAUAUCGAAUCCCAUCUUCAAGGAUGCUGACUUGUCAAGUGAGGGCUGAGCUGUAGCUCUCUGUACUGCACCUGUUACAGGACUUUCUCUGGAGCAUCGCAAGAGACACAGAAAAUCCACCAGGAUGAGUAAACCAGCAGGAUCAACAAGUGGGUAGCUUCUUCCUUGGAGAUUUUAUUAUACUUACAAAUAGUUCAUGACCUAUACUAAAUUUACAAUUGGAGAGAUAAUAUAUUAUAUAUAUUAUAUAAUAUAUAUGUAUGUAUGUAUGUAUAUAUAUAUAUAUAUAUAUAUAUAUAUAUAAUAUUAUAAUAUAAUAUAUUAUCUUAUAUAUUAUAAUAAAAUCUAUUGUAUAUUAUACAGUAAAUAUAUAUAUGUAUACAUAAACUAUCUAUAAUUUGCAAUAUAUAUAUUAUAUAUAUAUAUAAUGCAAAAUAUUAUUUUAUUUAUUUAUUUGUUACAUUUUUAAUUGCCUUUGUGGCUUUAUGUAUUUACUAAUCUUAUUACACACCGUGUACAGUUUUACACGGGUACCAUUAAUAGUGUACUCUAGCAGUAGGUAGGUACAUAAUCUGUGAGAUAAGAUCGCUCAGCUAAUAGUGCCUAAAAUAGUAGUAUAACAUUGCCAAGUACACUAAGUAAUGUGUUAUUUUUUAAUGGAUCUUGUUCUUGACAUGAUUUACAUUGAAAACAAGUUUUUAUUUAAAAAAAAAAAAAACUUUUCUCACUGACAAACUUGUUUAACAUGGAAAUUUAACUUGUCACUUUCUAAUGAUUAAAUACAUUUACUAUUCACCUGAUACAAUGCAAAGUAGUGUGAUUGGGGAGAUUUGAAACAUAGGAAAUAUUGUAGUUUGCAAUUUAAUAGUGAUAAUGUAAAAAAAAAAAGAAAAAGAAAAAAAAAAGUUUGCUACCAGUUUAUUAGAAUCAGGCAACUCUGUUCUAAUCCACUGCUGCAAAGCGGAUUUAAAUCCAACCUAUUGCACAUAGCAUCUCUAAUUAUGGUUAAUAAGCCUGGAAACAAGCGAAGCAAAAACAACUUAAAAGUCACAUUUUCUUUAAUCCCGAAUCCUUUAAUACUGGAAAUUCUCAGUAUAGCUAAUUGUUUAUUGCAGAAGUUGCUGAUAAGCCCAUGCAAAGUUUAUCUGGGGAGCUAUUCACUAAACAGCGACACUCAUGUAAAUAGAGAUUGGAAUCUGCACGAUAUAGGCCUAAAUACUCGUGUUGGGAUCGUUCUUCAGCAAUUUCUACAACUUGUUGUUUUGUUGGGUUUUUUUUAAAUCUAAAUUUUGAAGUUCGGUUUUAAAAAAACAAAACACACACACAGAAAAACCUUUAAAACAAACAAACACACAACAAACGAACAACAAACGAACAGAUCAAUAUAUGUAUAUAUAAACCUUGUUGACUGAGACAAUGGAUAUUAAAUAUCUAUCUGUCUAUUUAUCUAUAUUACAAUAAAUCGAGUUCAAAAUUAAUUUAAUAACAAGACAUCUCAAAUGAAAUUUAAAAAUAUAAAAAAGCUAUUAAAUGCACAAUCCACACGCAGUUAAAAUGCAGGCAAUAUAUAUAUUAAUCAAUACGGUUAUUGACUGAUACAUUUAUAUCCCUUUCUAACUUUGUACGUUACAAUAAAUAAUAUAACAGGUUUAAUAUUCGAUCGUCGAUAUAUUGAAUGCCUUUGAAAUAAUUGAUUAACAAGAACACUUUCUGCUUAUUCAUAUAUUUUAUUUCAAUAAAAUCUAAACUUGAACACGUUUAGGCUAUGCACAUGAAAGUUUCAAUGAAUGCGGUGUAUUUAAAUUCUUUGCAAGUGAUGCUCCAUUGAGAGCAUUAUUUUGACAGCUAAAGAGAACUCUUAAAUAUAUAUAACUGUGUAAUAUCUUAAGAUAUUGGUGCAACUUAAUAAACGAUAAUAAAUAGGCAGAUAGGUUAGAAACAGAUAAUAAAUUAAUACUACAUUACAGUUUAAUUAAACUAAGUAAAUAGAAGAACAACUCUGUCAAUAUAUCUAGCAUGGGAACAUUAUGAGAAAUAAAUAAUUAUAUAUGAUGUAUUUCGAAUUUUUUUUAUAAAUAUAAAAUGUAUAUAUAUAUAUUAUAUUUUAUAUUUAAUUUACUGGAACGUAUAUAAAGUUAUACUUUGUAAAUACUUAUAUUUUAUACUUUUCAUAAUGCUUUGCUCCUAUGAAAUCUAACAAGUUAAAAUAAAUAUUAGAAUAUUGAAAAGAAUUCCAUCCCCACAGUAUUUGACUUCUUCUGGUCUAAUGCAGUGGGAGGGGGGUCUUGUACUGUGCAGUCUGGCUGGGAGUUCAUAUUAGUUAGUCAAUGUCCCAUCUACAUACAUGACCUGCUGAUGGGAGUACAGGAUGUGACCUGUGACUUCGAGGCCACCAGUGCUGGGCUUCUCACUGUAUAGUUAUGUGGUCUGAUCUCUGCCUGGGUGGUAGUAAGAACUCAGGGAGCAAUCUCUCAAAUCCAGACUAACUUCUUUCAACAGCCCCUGAUGGUAAUUACAGUAAUCUAAGCUGCCAUAUAUCUUUAAGCAAUUAUAACACACAAAACGUCCCAAAGCACCCCUGCUGAGAGAUGUUAAAAACGGUUCCCCAGUUCAAUAAAAAUCUGCUUUCUCUGGCUGUACUGUCAGACCAGGCUGCCCAAACACAGGGACCCUCCAACCCUAAUUAAUCUGUUCUCCCCAUGACCCUAUGUCAUGUUAACAUUGCUCCCAGCAUUUUCCAUUGUUCUAACCAAAAUAUUGACCCCAAUAAGCCCUGUCAGGUCUCAUGGUAUGAGGUAUGUUAUUUAUUUAUCAGACAACCCAAACUGACAGUGUGCCCCCACCAGCACCCUAUGCUGGGCCCAGGGUGAUAGGCUGUAUGUUUGUUAACUUACAUCAGAAUAAUGAUAUACAUUAAUUAUUGUAUUGUGUGUCAGACUGAGCAAUGUGUCCUAAGAAUCACACUUCUGUGUGUGUACAUGGUGUAUUUAUACUCAUUAUAUAUUGUUAGAUUAUAAAAUAUGAUGCAAUUAAAACACCUACUGAUCCCCAAAUGUAAUAUUGGGCAUCAUGUACAAAUCUCCUUUGAUAUGUUGAUGUGGGUAGGUGAUGCUUAGCAGUAUAAUAUAUAUAUAUUGUUAUAUAUGUGCAGUUUUGAUGUAAUGUGGGAGUUAUGACGUCAUUGCGGUGACAGCACUAUGUACAGUGGAUGCCAUAAGGGUGCAGGGCUGCAGAGCCAUUCUGGGUGCAGGGAGGAGGCGUUUGUAUGAGUUGAAGCUAAGCCUGCAGGAGGGGACAGGGGGGUUGAGUGCCCUCCCUGUUGGCAUUGUGUGAUAGCAGAAUUCCCAUGCUACUCUUUUUGACGGGUCACUGGUAAAUCAAUAGGUAGGUGGCAGAAAGGGCUUGUAAUUACACAUUCAUAAGAAGCAAAUAAAACAGGUUUGGGAUUUUUUAUUUUUGUUUUGUUUUGUAUUUUUUUUUGUUUUUUCUAUACACAACCUUUGGGGAAAACUUGCUACCUGCAACCACACCAACAUGUUCUAUCCAGAUAAAGUUUUACUAAGAGACUUUACUGCUGGAGAUAAUUGUAUGGAAGAUUUCUAUCAAGUAACUUCACAGCCCCCUUCACCCCCACCCAGGCUUAAUCCCUCUCUCCCCAGUCCUGUUGUAUAUAGCAGCUGUCGAGUUCCAUUUAGUUAAGAGAAGUGGCAGCUUGGCUUAUUGGAGGCAGUCAAACCAGUUUCAAUGGGAAAAUCAUUAAGUUAACACUUUAUCUAAUGUCCCUGUUGUCUGUUCUUGGACAUUGUCUUAGAGUCCCUGCUGUAGAGAAAUAUCUAAGGUCUGUUUUCAGUCCAAGCUUCCCUGGGAUGAUGCUUGCUUCUAAUACAGCCCUCAAUCACCCUUCACUGCCUCCUAAAUCACCUUUACCCCUCAAUACUUCACUGGGAUCAUCUCAAUGGAGUUCAUGUAAUUAAAACAGAUUCUGCAAAAUAGGUCACCUUUCCCUAUGUUAGCCCAGUGAAUAUUUAGGGAUUUAUUUAUAAGUCUAUAAUAUUAAAAACAAUUUAAACUUAUUAUUAAACAAUUGCAGAAAAUAAUAUGUUUAAUAACUAAAGUAUUGGACAUUGUCUUAGAUUGCCCCAUUAUAUCACAAGGAUAGUGACAUGAUACACAUAAGGAGUUGUGUAUAAAAUCAUUCUGGGGCAACAUUCUAAAAGUGGAACACUCAGCCUGGACAUUCUAUUGGUUCCCAUGGUGACUGCUCCAGCUUUAGAAUUUUGCUCCAGAAUACAUAACCUCUUUAAAUUGGUGGGAUCGACUAUCUUUAAAGAAGAGCCUGUAACUUUGUCAAUCAGAAAGUGGAUUGUUUUUGCUAAUGAUAGGAGAGUUUCCACCUUUUAAUUAAAGUCGUGGGCUAUCUAUUAUCCAUAUCUUAAUUUAAAAAAAAAUAAUACUUUAAUUAGCUUGUACACAAUUAUUGUGAUUAUGACAUCGAGUAAAAUAUGAAAGGGUAUCUAACGCAACUACAGUCGUCCCCAAGUCUUAUAACGUGAUGUUAUAUAUAUAUAAUCUAUAUUUUAUUUAAUGAGUGUAUAGUGUAUAGGAGUUAGGUGACAGCUCAGAUAAAAAAUCACACACACACUUUUGAUGAUGACAUAUUAUUUUGCUGUUUCAUUAUCACUUUUGUUUGAUGCAGGAAAGGACAAUUCUCUGUGAUUAGUUAAUUUUUGGAGAGGGGCACAAAAUCUACACCCAGGUUAAUUUAGUGAUCUAUAGCUUGAAGUAGGCUGCAUAAACUAUGAUAAUAUAUGUUAAAUAAAAUAUAAUAAAAUCAAGUGCUUUUCAUAGCACGUUGAACUGCUCAACAGCAAAUUUAAACCAGACCGUUAAAACCUAAGGUGUAUUCACUAAACUCUGAUAACAAAAAGUAACUUGCAAAAUUUAAGAAAAAAAAGCAAAAAUAAAAAUAAAAAUUCAGAAUGGGAAUUUUAUUUUCUUCAAAGUUUUUUUUUUUAAACUAAAUUUUGACCAUAGAUUUUCAAAAUCUAUAAUAAAAAGAGUUAGAAAUUAAACCCAGCUAAAAUGGAAAUAUUUAAAUAUUGUCUUUUUUUUUACAGAACGUAUUGACAUUUCAUAGUUUAAAUGCAACAAACAGACUUUUCUUCCAGUAAAUUAUAUAUAUAUUGUUUGAAAUAUAAAGUCAUCUCUCUCUCUAUCUAUCUAUCUAUCUAUCUAUCUAUUCUUUUCUUUCUUUAUUCUUGCGCUGUGAUCAUUGCUGAGUAAGGACAGAAAACAUUUGCAUUUAAUUUGCUGUUAGUGACAGUAAGUAUAUAUCCGACAGUCAAAGCUUGAUGGGACUUCAGAUCUAUAUAGUGUCAGAUUUUGCACAGACAGUGUAAGUAGUUAUGGUACAUGAUGUUUAUAUUUAUAGGACAUAAAACAAAAGUGAACUGCCAUAGAAUAGCAAACACUGAUUGUGCAAUAACUUUUUUUUGUCACAUUAUACAGAAAUUCAUAGACAUCUGCUGCAAUAGUUAAACGGUUAAUAAUCAUUAUUACAACUGUAAAAAAUAUAUAAUGUGCCAAGAAUGCAAACAUAUUGACAGUAAAUUAAUAUAUCUUACACUGACUGAGGACCUAUUAGCUUUACAGAAAAUUGUUCGGGUCACAAAAUACAAUUGCAAAAGGUAGGGUAAUUUUUUUAUUUUUUUUUAUUUAUUUUUUUACGAGUAAUUUUUUUUGUGGUUAUUUCGGAAAUUCUCUAAUCAGCUAACCACAACUAACUGAUCAAUGAAUAGGCUCCUGGACUGUGCCUUUUAGGAUUUAACCCUCAUUGCCAUAAAGGGUUAACAUACUUAUGUGAAAGGUUGUUUUUUUUUUUACUUGUUUGAAAUGCAAUCUUUUCGUAAGAUCUGCAAAAUAUACAUCUGAUGAUAAAAUGAUUAUAUGUUUUUAAUGACAAUGUAGAUAGGUGAUCGGCCAUUAUUCAAUACACAUCUCUUGAGAGCUGUAAUAAUAUUCUGUAGUGCAUUUGACUUAUUCAUGAGUCAGUUUCAGUAUUUAUUUUGACCCUUAAUUUGCAUAUAUUAUUGUGCAAAUUAUAAAGAAAAUAAUAAUUUAAAUCUUGUUUUAUAGCUGAAAAAAUGGAAAUAGCAAAGGCAUUGUCUGGAAAUUGUAUCUUACACAUUAUAGAGUUAUUGUGACAGUUCUACAAUCUAGUGGAAUAUACAGUUUUAUGAAAUAAAUAGAUGUGAAAUCCACAAAAUAGUUAUCAACUCUUUUUGUGGUCCUAGACAUAUGCUAUUAAUAUGAAGUAAUAUGAAUUAUUAGAUAUUAAAGCCCAGAUCACAGUGCUGUGAAUGAAAUAGACUGGAUAUGCAUGCAGCUGUGAAAAAUCUCAAUGUUUUAUUUCUGAUUCAACACUUCAUAAAAUCUGAAUGCAAAAACUGCAUGAAUCCAAUAUGAUGACAUGCAACAUAUUACCAUUAUAUUAAAGGGAAACAGAACUGACACGAAAAUAUGUAUUAUAAUCAAACAAGCCUCCAGUAUUUUGGUUCUAAUUGUUUUGUUUUAUAAAAUACACAUUGAUUAAGAAAAAAGUAGCUUAAAAAGGAUUAUCUGUCUGUCUGUCUGCCUGUCUGUCCAUCUAUCCAUCCAUCCUUCCUUCCAUCCUACAAAAUUUGAAGAUUUUCAGAGAUAUUUAGUAGAACAUGCACACUAUAAAAACAAUUGUGAAUAUUCACACUCAGUGUUUUUUUUGUUUUUGUUUUAUGAAGGGUUCAUUUUGAGUAAAGGGAUUAACUUGUGGGAGACUUUUGCAGAACUUUUAUAAUUUUGUAUGUUUUAAGCACCUGUGAAUAGUGUAUAUAUAUAUAUAUAUUAUUAUUAUUAUUAUUAUUGUCAUUUAUAUAGCGCCAACAGAUUUCCUAGCGCUUUACAAUAUUAUGAGAGGGGAGAUGUAACUAUAAAUAUAAAUAGGACAUUUACAAGAAAACUUACAGGAACAAUAGGUUGAAGAGGACCCUGCUCAAACGAGCUUACAGUCUGUAGGAGGUGGGGUAUAAGACACGUUAGGACAGGAAAUAGCAAUCAAAUAGGGUGGGAGUGAUAUAUAGUUUUUUUUGCUCAGAGAUGUUUGUCAGGUGAUAGUUUUGCCAUUAUUUUAGUUUGGACAUGCUGGGGCUUUACUUGGGUCUGUAGACUGUCAGCUCCCUGACUAUGUUAUGAAAUUGCUUUAUUCUGGUUGGCAGAAAUAAUUAUGCAGCCAAUCAGAAUACAGCUGUGAUUUAAACCGGUAAAGUUAUUGGUUUCCUCUUGACUUGCAAAUUCACUUUUCAUUAAACUGUAGGUUCCUCACUCUUUCACCAACAAAGUCCAUUCCUGGCAAAUUCCAAAACUUUUACAUAUAUAUUAGAGUUUUGUCAGUUUUUUUUAACACUACUUGUGUUGAGUACUAUGCUAAUAUUGUCUUUUUUUCUAAAAAAAACAACAACAUUUUUUUUUCUUAAAAACUGUUCUUAUCUAUUAAAAUGUUUUACUUUAUAGAUAUAUUAUUUACAUUACAUUUAUGUCAUCUCCCUGUUCCUGUAUGGAGCAUUAGAUGAUGUAGCUGAAUGACACAGUGAGUAGGCUAUAGGCUCUCGGUAAUCUGCCAGUGGUCAUAAUAAUGGAGGAGCAGGGACCAACAUCCAACCAGCAUGAAAUGGUAGGCCAGUAGGCCAUCAUGCUCAGCUUACUGCUGUCACAGUAUAUGUAAGAGAACCCAAACACACAGAACCUAAUCUACAACAGAAUAUAUUAUCCAUAUUACCAGACCAUAGAAUGGCAGUGCGUAAUGUAUGAAUGGUCAAGGUCAAGGGUAGGAGAAAUUAGAGUAAAUUAGAGUAAACUUUAGACAAGCCAAAUAUCAGGAAUACAGAGAACAGAAUAAAUGGUAAACAAGCCAAGGUCAGUAACUGGAGAUGAGAGAUAUCACGAACACACUACUGGGCUAAACAAGAAACACAACAGGGCAAUUGGGAGGAGAAAGGCCAGGUUUGAAAUACCCGUGGCUUUAUCUGGAUGGAGUCACGUUAUAAAGGAGCUCCAGAAUAUGCAAGGUCAGUGGAUUGCUGAUUUCGUGUCAUUCGCGACUUCGUUCGCACAUGCCAUAUAGGUGCACUGGGGCGCACCAUUCGGACAUGUGCGCAAUCGCUUAUAAACAGUAAUAGUCAAAAUAGUCAUUUUGAACGGAUAUACUCUAUUUGUGUAACAUAAAUAAAGAAUGUAAAAAAAUAAAAAGUUUAAAUAUUAAUUAAGCUAAAAAUAUGGAAGAUGGCAUGCUUAACAUAUAUAUAUAUAUAUAUAUAUAAAACAAAGUAUUAACAAUAAAAUAUAUAUAGUAAUUAAUUUAGUUAUUUACAUCAAAGGGUAAUCCAUGUAAUAUCAACAAAUUACUCAACUCCACCUACAGUAAGGAUUUAAAGAAUACAGUAAUUAGUACGAGUUUAUAAAAAUAAAUUGAAAAAAUUGACGUUAGUAGAACCAGAGGAGAUAUGAGACCACUAUGCAAAUAUAUAGGGUCAGUACAAACCACGAUAUGCUAACCUGUUCAUUAGCACCUGUUCAAUGGAUCCUCAUUGGCACAGACAUAACAUAUUCAAAAUAUAAACUGCCCACAAAAGUUUGAUUACUGAAGCACCACUGACGUAUAAAAAAACUACAGGAACCAUCAGGCACUGAGAAGAGUCUAUUAAAAGAAUUUUGUUGAAUAAUUAUUUUGUUACAUGGUCUAUUGCAAUUCAAGAACUGUCACAGUGCCAAUUUUACAACUGAAAACUGAUGCAACUGAACUACUUAUUUAGACAUGAUGACAAAUACUCCAUGUAAUUCAAUGCGGGUGCACUAGUCCAUUUUUCUACUGUGCUCCAACGUUUCCUGAAACGUUCAAGAACACCUUGUAUUUUCCAAUGUGAGCCUUUACUGUGCAACUAAAGGUUAAGCAGGUGACAUUUUGUCCUUAAUGGUCUUUAUGAGAGGCAAUACAUACCAGAAUAAAAGUAAAACAAUUCGUUUUCAAGAAAUGAUUCUGUGUUAAUUAAGGUGGGGGUUGCACCUCCAACAAUAAUUAUGAAUAGUUGUGAGUACCAUCACUGAAGACAAGGGUGUCAGUUUCUUAAAAUACUCUUAAAGUUCCUGAAAAUCAUACAUUUAUAAUAAAGCUUAAAGUAAUCUAACUCAUCUUGCUUAAUUUGUAUGCUAGAAGCCUUAUCAAAAACAAAACAUUCUGUAGGUCUUACCACUUUUAGCCCCACCUUAAGCUAAACUAAAUGUAAGUGCUCGAGGUAUGCUGCAUAUACCUCAAUGAUGCUACUACGGUGUUAUGUACACUAUGUGCACAUGCAUGUGAUAUCACAGAUGGAAAUAUAAGGUGCAUUUGAGAGAAGAUAACUAAGAACACAUCGUAGUAUAAUAUUUGAAUUACACUACGGUGUCUUCUUCAUAUUUUCCCUCACAUGUACCUACCUGCUAUUUGCAUUUGAUUUACAUUGAGGAUGUAUUAGGAUGACACUUCACAGGACAGCAGCAAACUGGAGCAGUAUUUUGUUUUUAUAUCAUUUCACUUAUUGAUGUUUGUAUAUUGUGAUGUCAUAGGCAACAUGUGAGCAUAAUCACCGCUACUAAUAUGCAUGCUCAAUACUCCUGUUAGAUUUGUUUGAGGGACCAUGGAUUGUCUGAUAAUUAUAGCAGUUUUCUAUUACUGUUACACUGAUAUUAUCCUUUAGCACAGAGGUGCCCAAAAGGUAGAUCCCCAGAUGUUUAAAACUACACCUUCCAUGAUGCUUUGCCAUGCAAACCAUCAUGGGAGUUGUAGUUUUACAACAUCUGGGGAUCUACUUUUUGGGCAGCCCUGCUUUAGAGGGAACAUUAAAAAUUGUGGGGGUGGAAGGGAAAAUUUUAUGUAAUCUGUAGAGGAUUUUUCAAUGUUGUUCUAGGUGGGAGGAUGAUAGGAGUAGUUUAAGCGGGUUGGAUAUUAUGUAUCCCACUCUUUAGGUGUCAUCGAGCAUUGGAGGUCUGCUUCUCAUUGUUUCGCAUAUUUGGAAGAGGAGAAACUGUCGUGUUUGGCUAUUAGGUUAUAGCACAUGGAGAUCGGUUAACAUUGAGGUGAAAGUUUCGCAUUUAUACACAUUUGUUCACAGGUAGUGAGUGACAUGGUAGUAAGAGAUAAGUCUGGGUGUUGUCUCGAUGUUUUGGUUAAGUAGGAUUUCCACUGUAGGAAUAUAGUGAAGACUGUGGGAGUGAAUAUUUAGCGGAGAAGCGUGGGUAAUCUAGUAAUGUGCCCACUUCGAACAGAUGGUAAAGAUGUGUUGCGCCCCUACAAUGCCAUUGUAAUGGGUUAAAAGUGGGGAUGGAAUAUGACAGAGCCCUAAGUGGGGUUGCCAGGGAGAGGGUAGGGGUGCUACCCAAUCUGGGUCGGUAUUUAUCUUAUAUUUGGAAGGAGCUGGACCUGAGGGAGAAAGAGAGUAACACUUGGUCUAAGUUGUUAUGAUGUCCAGAGCAUAUUGGUGAUAUCGUGACCUCCUAUUAAGUCUCUUUCCAGGGAAACCCAUUGUGACCUGGCAGUGGUUAUGAUAUGGGGUAUAGCUGUGGCUAAGACAACCAUUUGAUAGUAGGCUUGUAUGUUGGGCAGUGCCAGCCCUCCUUGUUGCUUGGGGGCUUGUAACAACGUAACAUUUUUUUAAUAAUUUUUUAUUUUUGUUGUGCAGAUAAAUACAUUGCUAGAUCAAGCGUCACAACAGCGUACAUGAGGUUUACAGGGUAAUCUUUGGCAUGAGCAUAUGCACAGUAUUUUUAUAUUUUGUGAUGCAUAGGUAAGCUUAGUGUAACAUAGGAGUAUGCAUAAGAAAUUGUAGUGUGUAGUAUACAUGCAGUGGCGUACAUACCAGGGUCGCAGGGGUCACGGCUGCGACCAGGCCCUGCCCACCAGGGGGCCCGGCCGCCCCUGCAACCCGGUAUGUACCCACAGGGCCAGCCUCUUCCGCUGGGGGGCCCAGGAGCCGGCCACCCUAGGGCCCUCCGAGGCUUGCCCUGCUGACCCCGGCGGGCAGGCUGGCUAUCUGGGUGGCGGGCGGGCUGGCUGUCUGGGUGGCAGGUGCUUCCUCUCUCAUCUUCCGGCGCCGGGAUCCCUACGCGGUGCGCGAGGGAGCUGAAGAGGAAGCACACAGGGGAGAGUGCUCCCUCGCGCACCGGCCACCCAGACAGCCAGCCCGCCCCGCAGCACCACUGGACCCCAGGGAAUCCCCUCAGCUCUCCAAAAGGUAAGGAGGCUGGGGGGAUUAAAUUUAAAAAAAAAUGUGUGUGUGUGUUAGUGUGUGUUUGUUUGUGUGUGUUUGUUAGUAUGUGUUUGUGUGUCUGUUAGUGUGUGUGUUAGUGUGUGUUUGUGUGUCUGUUAGUGUGUGUGUUUGUGUAUGUUAGUGUGUGUGUGUUAGUGUGUCUGUUAGUGUGUGUUUGUGUGUCUGUUAGUAUGUGUUUGUGUGUCUGUUAGUGUGUGUUUGUGUGUCUGUUAGCAUGUGUUUGUGUGUCUGUUAGUGUGUGUUUGUGUGUCUGUUAGUGUGUGUUUGUGUGUUAGUGUGUGUGUGUGUGUGUGUUAGUGUGUUUGUCAGUGAGUGUGUCUGUUAUUGGGUGUGUUUGCUAGUGAGUGUGUUACUGUGUGUGUCUGUUACUGAGUGUGUUUGAUGUCUGUUAGUGAGUGUGUGUUUGUCAGUAAAUGUGUGUGUCUGUUAGCUAGUGUGUAUGCGUCUGUUCGUGAGAUUGUGUGUGUGUGUCUUCAGCAUUUACCUUUCUCCAGCGCCGGACUCCCUUGGCGCUGGGGAUCCCUCCGCCUCUCAGCUCCGAAUGCACGUGCGCGGCAAGAGGCGCCCGCGCAUUUAAACCGCCCAUAGGAAAGCAUUAGUCGAUGCUUUCCUAUGGACGUUCAGUGUCUUCUCACUGUGAUUUUCACAGUGAGAAUCGCGGAAGCUCCUCUAGCAGCUGUCAAUAAGACAGCCACCAGAGGCUGGAUUAACCCUCAGUGAAACAUAGCCGUUUCUCUGAAACUGCUAUGUUUUCAGCUGCAGGGUUAAAACUAGAGGGACCUGGCACCCAGACCACUUCAUUGAGCUGAUGUGAUCUGGGAGUCUGUAGUGGUCCUUUAAGUGUGUGUGCAUACCGUGGUCGCGGGGUUGCAGCCCUGCAACCCCUGCGACCAGGUGCCCGCCGCCAUGUGUUGCAGCCCCGACCUGUGCCGAGUAAGCGUGGGGGGGGGCCACGGAUCAAUUUUCGCACCGGGGCCCAAUGGGUCAUGUGUACGCCACUGGUGGGGGGGACUCUGGGUUUUCCAGAGUGGUAAUAUUAGAGAGUGCAAAUGCUGGAUCAACGUAGUGAGAAUGAGGUCUGGCGGUCUGGUGGCUCAUCUUGGAGUACCCCACUAUGUGUGAUGGGGGGGGGGGGUAGUAGUGUUGUGCGUGUGGCCUCACGGAGGAGGAUCUAAGAGUGAUGGGUAACAUCAACAUAACAACAUAAGAGAGAAACGGUAACAUAAAAUAGUAAUGAAAAAUUUAGAGACACCUAAUAGAGUAAAAUUUAAAAACACAACUCUAGUGGUGAGGCAAGUUCAGGCCUGUCUCUGCAGGCAAACUGGAGCCUCUCAGGGGGUGACAGCUGCCCAUUCUUCUUGUCGCGCUCCCCGAGGUAUGAAAGGACGUGCUGUUGUAGGAUUCCAGGUGUGAGGUAGGGAGGAUUUUGUGCUCGAUCGCACUGUGUCCAGGGCAUUGGUUGGUAGUCCCAGCUUAUGUAACAGAUCUGUUGGUUCCCGGAGAUCACUGACGGAAUGUGUGGCAGUGCUGUGUAGUAUCUCCAGUACGCGUUGCAGUCGCCAUCGGUGUGUGAGGCUGUUGGAUCGGAGUAGCGCCGUGAAGGGCUUAAGUGAUCUCCUCCACGCCAUGGUGCUCCCGGACAGAUCUGCAUAGAACGACACUUGCAUUCCUUCGAAGGGGUAUGGUGAGUGGUUUCGGACAGUGUUCAUGAGAGCUAUUUUAUCUUUGCUGCUGUGGAACUUUACUAAGAGAUCUCUCGGUGCUGGUGUUGGUGCUGUCGCUGGUUUGCGAAAGCAGAACAGCCCCUCCACUCCCACCUGUAUAGCCUGCUUUGGGGUUAGCAGUCCUGCGAGGAGUCGCCGUAGGAAGUGUGGUAGCUCUGUCUCUGGGAUCUCCUCUGAAAUACCCCUAAUCUUGAGGUUCGGUGCGCACCUCCGAUCUUCCAGCUCUGCGAGCUUUUGGUCCAUUUUUCUUUGUUGGGUUUGUAGCUCUUGUAUAGCCGUUUGAAGUCGGGUUGUUUGUUGGGCGUGUUUCUGGGUGUCGCUCUCUAUAGCGCCCAUGCGGGUCGUGAGGCUGUGUAGGUCCCCUCGGAGCUGGGCCAUGUUGGCCUGGAUUGUAUGUGCAAUAUUUUUUUUAGUAGUUUUCCACAAUAAGAAUUGCAAACAUAGUUCCAUAAAUACAUUAUUUUAAUAUCCUGAUGACAUUUUUUGAAAAGGUGCAUUCAAAAUAUGCCACCAGGGACCUUAUUUAAAUAUUCACUUGCAGGGUGUUUCACCACUAUUUUGUUUCUUUUUGGGUUUUUUAUGUCUACUAUAUGUGACAAAAUUAUAUUUCUGUUCUGCACUAAUAUUUCAGAUUUGCAUGAAAUAUAUGACAAGAAGGGGCCCCUAUAUUAGAUUACAUUGGUAGAAAUGCUAGACUAGAAACAAUUGGUCAUAAAACUUGCGAGACACAACAGGGUUGUAUGAGUGCUACAUGACAUUCAGAUAAAUAUUGUUUGCAAUAAAAACUUUGUUUUCUAUUUGAAUCAGUUUUAAAUUACAUUUAGUGCUUUAUGGUCUUUGGAAAUACUAUGCGAUGCACAAACAUACAGGGAUAUUUACUAAAGUGAGAGUUAAAAGAGAAUUCAAAAAUUAAAGCCAGAGUAGAUAAAUUGAAAGCAUAGCUGACAGAGAAUAUUUCCAACUUUUUAUUUUGACCAUACAUUUGAAAUUCACACUUUGGUGAAUAACCCUGGUAGUGUACCAACAAAUUAAUCAUAAAAAGUGAGUUUCUUUUUUCUGAUGGCACUUUUAAAUUGCAGCUUAUCUUUUUCUUCCCCCCAAAGAAAUACCUGGAACAUUUACUCCCUGAAAUAAAGGGUUUAUAUUUCAGAAAUGAUGCUCAUAGAUCAAAUUUGUUCAGUUCCAACUGAUCACACACACAACACUCCUAUUUGAAAACAUUCCCAGAAAAUUGCUCCUGAGAUCUGAAAUGAUGGUGCUGGUGCCAGGUAUCAAAAUAAUUUAGGCAGAAAUAAUAUUCUUUCCCCUGCUGCCGAGUCAAAAAAGAAGCACAAUAUUUUAAAGCAUUUGCAAUUGGGCAUCACAAAGGGGAAAAAAAAUCACCCUUGACGAAAGAAUGACAAUUUGAUUCAUUAUGAACAUAAUUUCUGUUAUAACCCACUAUAUUGUGCCGUACAUAGUUUUAAGGCAUCCAUUAAGUUUAAUAAUACAGUCUCUAUUCGGUUAAUUACUUUAUUACGCUUAUAGUAAAGAACUACAUAUGCUGCUGUAGAUCAACUCUUUUCUGAUGUCUCAUUCUUGACCUCACAACCUUUGUACAGUUCUGUUAAUGAUCGCUUGAACAGAGAGUUGCUUGUAUAAAUGUUAUAUUAUUCAAUGGGUUAUUUAUUUAUUUGGUAGUAUAAAAGCAUUGCUAACCUGUUAGCCUUCCUUUAUAACUAGAAUCCUACAUUGUACAGUCUGAUGUAGCACUUUCCAAAGCUGGUCCUAGCAUUGCACUCCAUGUUCAUGAUGAUAUCUGCUUAUGGAGAACUCACCAGAACCUUUAUAAAGAGGCUAAGUAACAUUUUCUUCAAGCGAGUAAAUACCCUUUUACACAUGGCAAUACACUACUAAUCUUGCUCACCAUACACUAACUUUACACACAGUUGCUAAACCUGCUGUAAUGUGUACAAUUAUUCACUAUCCCUUAUCUCCAGAGUGAAAGUAGAAUUUUAUUUUGCUCUUUCCUCUGGUUAAUCAAAAUCCUUGUGUAGACAAGCAACAUCCAGUUAAAAUUGCACUACGUUCUCUAAUUUUGUGUCAUCUACCAUUACUCUACAUGGUUUCAACGCGCCCCGCACAGUUAAUAAUAAACACCAGAAUUGACUCCCAGGAGAGAAGGCCAACGCAUUCUACUUAGCACUCUUCACAUUCUAUCAUUAAUCCAGUUAGUAAGUACAAGCAUGUUCCCCUAAACCUAUUUCGUUUCUAUCAGUAUGUAGAGCAGUGUUUGUUAACCUCUGGGCUAGGGCUAAAAAUGUUUAUUAUGACCUAUAUUAUACUAGAUGAGAGUUUCUCUGAGCUAGUGUUCCAGUUGAGGAAUGUCUCACCAAACUAAUGCCAUUUUAUAUAAUUUGGGUUCCUUACAAAAAAGGUUAAAACCCAUUGAUCCAUUGUUGUAGAGUAGCCUUCUAUAUUGAGUCAUAUCACAUGUUUUCAUAAAAUGAACGUAACUUUGCAACAACUUUUCUCACAUUACUGAAUGUAAGUGUGUUUGUUCGGCAUAAUCUGUCCAGUACAAAAUACUCAUGUUGACUCCUAUCCCCCACAUACUCCUAAGUACUACAUAAAAUCACACAUUAUUUCACCAUGGAAAAAAUAAUAGUCACUACUUAAGAUGGAUGUACCACCAGCAUAUAUAAAAUCUUGAAUCCAUGGUUUGGAGUCAACCCAGAACAGAGACUUCUUCAUCCAGCCUUCUUUCCGUGAGAGCAUCAUUUGAAAGAUAUGUAUACAGAUAUGUAUAUGUAUACAGAGUCAGACCAAUUUUACUGUGGAAAUUUCAAUUUAUCUUAACGGUUACUGUUUUCCAACUGGUGUCCCUCCCUGGUUCCUGUAGCUUGUCACUAUGUCAUAAUUUUGGGAACAUUUGAUAUGUUUAUACACCAUAAAUUGCUAGCGCUAGCAUUGACGUAAGAACCAAAGAAAUUCUGUAGGGACAGGCUUUUGUACCAAAUAUAUGCUCCGUAGGGAGGAGAUGUUAAACCUUGUGGUUUUCUAUAGACAAAAUGAUAGACUAUUACUUGGGAGGCUAUUAAUAGAAUGGAUAGAAUAGUAUACUACAACUCACUAUGAUUCUAGUAGCAAUGGUGCUCUGGAUGUAUCCCAGAGUAAGAUGUUAGUUUUAGCAUGGUUUAACACUUAAUUUGGAAGACUUAUUCAACAAUAUUAGUUUGUUUAGCCAAGAUUGUGAAAAUAUUGGAAUAUAUUUCAACCAAAGAUAAAAAUAAAAAUUUAUAUUAUGUAUAUAUUUUGCAGUAUAAUAAUAUGUGCAUUUUUGCAUAAUUUUUCCAGAAACAAUCACAUAGAUUAAAUUUGUCUGAACCAAAACACUUACAUGGACAAAUUCAGUUUUGCCUGAAACAAAUUAGUUUUUGGGGAUGAAUCAAAUCAGACAAACUAAAUUUUUUACUGUGCACAAAUCUACUGUUAGUUUCAUCAUAUCACAUCUAUCAUUUAAUCUCAGAGUUCACAUUCUCUAAUCUAUAUAACUAGACAGAUAGGACGAUCGGUUACUCCUCAAAUUUACUCUUACUUUGAUGCAGCACAGCUAGCAGAGGUACCACAAUUACACAGCUCAGUGAAUCCACCCAAAUGGGUUGCUAUAGAGAUGGCUCCCGAUCCAUUUAUAUAUGGAUCCUGCUAGGCACCCCAACAACUAUUGGUCUUCUCAGAGCAGGAUCAGCUGGAUAUCAGUUUGACCAAUAUGUUUUCUCAUUCAAGUCCUUUAUUGGUGAACAGUGCUCACCUGAAACACUUAGCCACUGAGUAAUGCCUACAUUGGCAUUCAUCUUCUCCAGCUCUGAGAGGACUGGAUGUGGCUUGGGCAGCCAACAGGACCCAGGUAAGUGUCAAAUCAUGCAGAAAUGGUUUGACAGAUUACUCUGGGAGGGCCCCACAGCAAUACUGGUACCAUAACCAAUACAACACAUUUGUUCUCCCCUUCCUUCCACUUCCUGAGCAUUAGUAAUUUAUGUUGUUUGUUGCUAUCUUUAUGACAAUUGUGGAGAUUUACAAUAAUUUCUUCUUGAAUUGGAUUCAAUCUUAUUAUUUUGCACGUUAAAAAAAUGUUUUAACAAAAAGGUAGCCAUUUGUUAAAUUUCUUAUUCAGCUUGUUUUUGAUAUGUGCACCAGAUAUUUGCUCUGUACAGUAUUGCUGCUUUGCAUAAUUGCUAGAAACUUAAAUUGAAACCAAAACCAAAAAACUUAAUUCUUACUAAUUAUAUUCUUGUUGAAAACAUAUUUGUGAAUAUUAACUCUAAUCCUUUCUAAUAUGAACCUUAACUUAUCCAAUGUAUUUAUCUUGUGUUACCUUCUGUAUGGUAUUUGUAAGGUUUUUGUGAUACUGUCCUACAAAUAUAUAGCAUCAUAUUUCCUUGAUAUAAGAAAACCAAUAUAAAUAACUAUUGUCUUAUCCCAACUUCUAAUUUCAAUAAUUAAAAUAACUGGUUCAUAUAUUUGACCAAUAUUUUCUAACUUUAAUAUUGUGGAAUUAAUACACCUAAAACUAUAUGGGUUUUAGGCAAUUUAUAUGUAAUUUUCCAAUUGUCUUCUUGUAUUUAUGAAUGAUGCUUUUGAGUCAUCUGACAUUUAUUUAAAAAACAAUUUUCUUGACAAAUUGGAUCUGCUAAGUCACAUUUACUUUCAUUUAAACAUAUUAAACUUGCUUCAUAUGGGUAUAUGUUUAGUGUAUUCUGGUAAUGUUAAAGUAUAUUCAAUACAUUCUUCCAUGAGCUUUGGAUGACAUUAGUAUUCCCCAGUUUCAGUAUUUCAAGUAUCCUCAGCAAUUUUAUUAAAAUUUUCCAAAUCAUAUAUACAUUUAUCCUACACCAACAUUUGCAAUACCAUCCUUGUUUUAAUAUUGUUGAAUAAGCUGUCAAAAUUAUUUAAUAUUUUUGAUAAACUUUUACAAAUAUUUUAAAAUACUUUUUUUCAGCAUAUUAAAAUAUCAGAAAUAUAUGAAAAAUAUGAUUUUACAUUACAAAAGUGAAUUUUUUUUCAUAAUAUCAAAUCAUUUAAAAACUUUAGCCAAAAGUAUUAAAUCCUUUGGAAAGCUUAUCCAAUAACAUUAAAACAAGGCCAUAGUUGGUUUAGCCAAGAUGUGAAAAGAUUGGAAUUUAUAUUAACCAAGAAAAAAAUAAAUAAAACUGUGUAUUAUGUUUAUAUUUUGCAUUACACUAAUAGGUGCAUUUUUGUAGCUUCAAAAAUGCUACCUGGCUUUUAAAUUAUAAUUUAGACUCAUUUAGUUGACUUUAAGGAAUAAACCAAUGCCUAUUUUGACACUCAAGGAACAAAUCAAAUACAGAUUUUGUGGUUUCCAAUUUGAACUCCCAUUAGGGCAUGAGGCUACAUUGGAUUAAUCUUUGAGUAGAUAGUCCACCAAAGACCAGGUUGUAAAUCCUGAAAAUCAUGCCCAUUUCAUUUGAUUCAAAUUUAGACAUCUGCCAUCUUUUAUUUCUCAAUGGGAAAGAGAGUUUGGUGAAAAUAUUGAGGAAUCAAAAUGACCCAAGACUUUUAAGAACUUCUUUAGAAUCAUUACCUUUACUACUGGGAAAGAGAACUGUUAUUUAAACCAUUCCAAACUACCCCAUGUUUUCCACCACCCCGACGUACUCACGAUAUUGAGGAGAAAAGGCUCUUAUAUUCAUUUGUUGCAGGAAAGUUCAUGUACACAGGAGACCUUUCACAACAUCUCAUGCAUACUUCUAGAUUUACAUAGAUUUUUAGGCCUGAAUUGGCACAAAGCUUGUGGCCACCCAAUGCUGGAAAAUACAUUGUCUACCUUUUUGGUUGCUAUCGAACAUAUCACAGCUACUUUAAAUGAUACCUACAUAGGUUUUCGAGAAACAUGGUCUACAUAAAGAGAGCCAAACGUCCCUCAAAUGUUGGAUCCUUUCCCUCUGUAUAAGUCUCUUUGUCCAGUGUAAUACUUUAAAAUAGGAUGGGCACAGACUUCUUUCCUUUCUUUAUAAUUUCUUGUUUGUUCUUUUCCCACUCUGUUAUCUUGUUUGGCCUUAUCACGCAUUUUGUUUCAUUCUUGAUUUUUAUGUUUUCUCAGUGACAUAUUUAGCCAUUCAUGUUAAGAUGGUAUGCCACUGCUAAAUAUAGUUUUAUUAUUAUGUUUCUACGGUACUAACACUAAUAAUAUUUCAAUUCACUAUUCUCGUAUUACUUGUUCCUGUUUGAUAAUAUACUGUUGUAUUUGACAUAAAAAAUGGACAACAUAGACAACAAAUACAAGAAUAAAUUAGCUAAAAGAGGCAAUCAAUAGUCAUAGUCAAUAAAAUCAGAUAAUAAUUUGCUUGUAUUUCUGACCUGUCCAUAUAACAUUAAUGUAAUACCGUAUGAUUAACUUUCAAUAUUCCAAGUCUAAAUUAUUGUAGUUUUGUUACCGCACACAGGUCGGAUUCUGGACAUUCCUUGUAAAGUGUGUGGGGAUCGCAGCUCUGGUAAACAUUAUGGAGUGUAUGCUUGUGAUGGUUGUUCAGGAUUCUUCAAAAGAAGCAUAAGGAGAAACAGAACGUAUGUCUGCAAAUCUGGUAAUCAGGUAAGUCAUUUUCAUUUCUCGUAAUAAGUAGGGACCUACUACUAAGACUGGGUACUGCAGGGGGUGCAUUUUACAUUCUAUACUAGAUUCUAUAUUGUUGUUUGAGAGGGAAGAUGUGUCUUUGUGAAUGAUGGCCCAUAUAUUCUGGUUUGACUGCUAUGUUUGUUUAAUGAUAUUUAUGUGGGCUUGAUAUAUGGAUCUAUGAAUUUAUAGAACUACAAAUUGAAAUCAAAUUAUGUUUGAAACACAGCCUAUAAUCAUAAUAGGGUCGCUAUUGCUUUAUUUUGGAAACACAUGUCAGAUUUGCUAUCUCAAUUGGACAGUUUGUGAGACAAAGGAGAAACUAAUCAGAUAUAAUACAAAAUAAGGAAUCCUGAGAAAUGAUUUUUAAAUGAGAUUUUAAGUUUGAUGUUGGCAAAUGGCAAAUGAUUUAGGUAAACUAGAAAAAUGGAUUGUGAGCGCUCCUGAUAUUGAUCCAGAAGUAAUACAAUAAAUGUAGUAAACAGACUAAAAAGAGACUCGCUCAAAAGGAUUCAAUGAAACACAAGCAUAUAAGAAUCAAGCAUAGGGACACAGUGCAUCUAAGAUUGUAAUGCCGUAAAACUACAGCAUAGAUGUUGCAAUGUAAGAAAUGUAUCAAAAAAUCAAAGUAGAUACAAAACAAACAAACAAAAAAAAAGAGCACACAACUCAAGCAAGUGUAUGUCAACUAAAAUGUUAAUGGACACACAUUGUGUAAAACCCUAAAAUUACUAUAAAAAUAAACACCACAGCAAUAAUAAUGAGAGAUAACCCUGCACAUAUAUAAAUAAAUAAAAAAGGUCAACAAGUACAAGUCCAGGAGAUGCUAAAGACUUGAUGGAUGUAACAUGGGGGAUCAAAAAAAUCCUAUUAUGACCAGCAAGCUCAAUCCAAAGAUUCCUCAGUUGGAGGACAAGGAUGCCAAAUGUUCACUGAUGUUGUGAACAGUGUUGUCUGUAGUACACAGACCGUACUCUGGCACUGUGCCGCAAUUGGGGAACAAUUGACUACAGUGAUCAAUUGAUUACGUUAAAAAAAGUUUUAAAAUAAACUUAAAAAAGUUAAAAAUUAAGCUUAAAAAAAGUUGUAAUAACGUUUAAGUAAAAAAUAAAAAAACACCCCCCUUUACCCAGUCCAAAUAAAAAUUAACCCCUUCCCUGCCAGUCAAUCAUUGCCUACAGUGAUCAAAAUACAGAUCACAGUAUUAUACUGUGAUCUAUUUUUUUUUAACCCCUGAGGAUUAACUUUUAUUAAUUUUUUAACCUUCAGGGGUUCAAUUUAUUUAAUUAAUUAAUUAAAAUAUUUUACAAUUAUAUAUUUUGCUAGCUGGGGUGGGUGGGAGUUAUGGGAAAAUGGGGAAUUUACUGUUAGUGCUGCUUACUGCUAAUUAGGAGUUAACUGUAAAAAAAAGCUUAGAAAAAUUUUAAAUCUGUAAAAAAAAGCUUAGAAAAAUUUUAAAUCUGUAAAAAAAGUUUUAAGAAAGUUUAGGAAAGUUUAAAAAAAAUUAAUAAGCAAAACAAAAGUUUAAAAACUAGUUUUUAAAAGUAAAAAAAGUUUCUAAAAGUAAAAAAAUACAUUUAAAAACGCUCAUUACCACUACACCUGGAACAAACUAGAGAAAAAAUGAUCCCACGCUAAGGUUCAAAAUGUGCCUUUUGAAAUACCCUGGGGUGUAUUCUUUAAUAAAUAGUUUGUGUUUGUGGGGAAGUUUCAAUAACCAACCGUCUAAACGACUCCAAAUUGGAACAUGGACACAGCAUAAAACUUCAAAGUUAGAAAAAAACGGCUGCGUCUCAAAUGCGCCCCUUCAACAUCCACAUAUACCUGGCAAAGGUACAUACAGUGGUAUUGCUGUACUCAGACGACAUAGCUGAGCAACAUACAAAGUAUUAUACAGUCAUAGCACACAUAAGGUUUGCAAAAUAUACUGUGCAAACUCACUUUGUGUGUCAAAAAGGCAGAAAAAACACUUAUUACCACUACACUUGGUACAAGCUAGCGGAAAAAUGAUCCCACGCUAAAGUUCAAAAUAUGCCUUUUGAAAUACCCUGGGAUGUCUUCUUUAAGAAAUGGUAUGGCUUUAUGGGGUAUUUGGAUUAUAUAGCCUGGUAAAAUACUCUAUAAUGGGACAUGGGCACAGCGUCAAAAUGUAAAGUUUGAAAAAAACUGGAAUGGCUGUGUCCCAAAUGUGCCCCUCCGAUGUCCACAUAUACCUAGCAAAGGUACAUACGGGGGUAUUGCUGUACUCAGACGACAUAGCUGAGCAACAUAUGAAGUAUUAUACACUGGUAGCACACAUAAGGUUUGGAAAAUAUACUGUGCAAACUCACAUUGUGUGUCAAAAAGGCAGAAAAAACACUUAUUACCACUACACUUGGUACAAGCUAGCGAAAAAAUGAUCCCACGCUACGGUUCAAAAUAUACCUUUUGAAAUACCCUUGGGUGUCUACUUUAAGAAAUGGUAGGCCUUUGUGGGGUAGUUUGAAUUUAAACCUUGCUAAGAUGCUUGAAAAUUGCACAUAGGCCCAGCGUCAAAAUUCAAAGUUCGGUAAAAACUGAUAUGACUUGGUCUCCUAUAUGGCACUGUAGCUUCACGAAGUAGUGCCAAAGACAUUCAUUGGGGGUGUCUUUUUACUCAGAAGACUUAGUCGAGCAUAAUUUGGGAGGUUUGAACUUAGUGGCACAUGUGAAAUAUACAAAAUGCCCAGCAAAAAUGCAAUCCAUAUGUAAAAAAUGCACAAAAUUAUUUUUUAUCACAUACUUUAGCAUAUAUUGGUGAAAAAAUGGGGGCAUGUUAAGGCACAAUAUGCACCUUAUGAGAUACCCUGGAGUGUCUACUUUUACAAAUGGUAGGCCUUUGUGGGGUUUUUUAAACAGUUAAACUGGUAUAAUUCCCCAAAUGGAAGCAUAGGCUCAUUAAAUCCAUCUCUCAAAAUUCUACUGUGAAUACUGAAAAGGACAGGUCUCCUAUAUGGCACUGUAACUUCACGAAAUAGUGCCAAAGACAUACAAUGGGGGUAUCAUUUUACUCAGAAGACUUAGCUGAGCAUAAUUUGGGGGGUUUGAACUUAGUGGCACAUGUGAAAUAUACAAAAUGCCCAGCAAAAAUGCAAUCCAUGUGUAAAAAACGCACAAAAUUAUUUUUUACCACAUACUUUGGCAUAUAUUGGUGAAAAAAUGGGGGCAUGUUAAGGCACAAUAUGCACCUUAUUAGAUACCCUGGAGUGUCUACUUUUACAAAUGGUAGGCCUUUGUGGGCAUUUUUGAACAGUCAAACUGUACUAAUACCCCAAAUGGAAGGAUAGGCUCAUUAAAUCCAUCUCUCAAAAUUCUACUGUGAAUACUGAAAAGAACAGGCCUCCUACAUGGCACUGUAACUUCACAAAAUAGUGCCAAAGACAUACAAUGGGGGUGUCAUUUUAAUCAGCAGAUGUAACUGAACACAAAAUAAAACUUUGUACAGGAAUAGCACACACCAACUUUACAAAAUACACAUGAGAAUUUCUUAGUUAUAAGUUUGUGUGCCAAAAACAAAAAAAAACACAAUUUUACUCCAAUAUUUAGCAGAGGUUGGCGGUGAAAUGGCUACGUAGAAAGUGUCAAAACAACCCUAGGUAAAUAGCCUGUGAUGUCUACUUUAUAUAAAUAUAUACUUUUGUGUGGCAAUUUUGUUUUCUUUUAUGGCUAUUAAGCUUACAAGACAAACAUACCAAAUUCUAAAAUCGCUCCACAUUAAAAGUUUAUUUUACUCCUUCUGCUUUGUGAUCUGUAACUAUCAAAAAAACUUAAAAUCCCAGACACAUUAUACAUUCUGUAAAUCAGAACAACUAAAUGAAUUUAUUUUUAAUUACUUUCCUUAACCUGCACUAAUUAUGCACACAUUAUUAUUGCAAAAACUGUAAAAAAAAAACACAAAAACUUUUAUUUUUAUUUUGCAUUUUUCUGUAUUUUUUUUUAUAAUAAAUAAGCAUUUAUAUAUGUCUUACAUCAAAUUAAAGCCCUUUCUGUCCUUUAAAAAAACGAUAUAUAAUAUGUGUCGGUGCAAUAAAUUAGUAAAAUGCAAAUUGCAGUUGAACGCAAACAGCAAAAAAUGAAAAAAAUGCUGUUGUCAUUAAGUGAAAGACAAGCUUCUGAAGCUCUGUCCUUAAGGGUUAAAGGUCCUUUGAGAUAAGAGAGGUCUGAACACCAUAUCACACCAAGGAGAAAACACAGUCUUUGUUAACUAAAUAAAAAGUCAGAGUUUUAUCAGACGCCAAAGACAUUAACAGAGGUACCUCGGUUUACGAAUUGAAUGCGUUCUCCGUGACAUAUCUUUUUGCGAAAAUUUGUAAACGAAACGUGGUUUCCCAUAGGAAUGCAUUAAAAACCAAUGAAUCCGUUCUGGAAGUCAGAAAAAAGUCAAAAUGAGCUGGCAUAUGGCUCAGCUCCCUACCUUUCCACUGCUUGAGAAAUGCACUAAUUUUUUUUUAAAAAGUACCAAAACCGCUGCAAAAAAAUUCCAGAAUGGCUCCAAAACUCGAUGCAAAAGCCACUCCAACACCUCCACACUCGAUGCCACGUGCUACCCACAGGCUCCAGCAUGCAGGAGGCGGUGCUAUAAACCUCGUAGGUGCAAUGCAUCCUGGGGAAACUUGCUUUGUAUUGCAAAAAAAAUUUGUAAACCGAGGCAUUAUUUUCAAUGGAUUUUCAUUUGUAAACCGAAAAUUUUGUUAACCGAGGCAUUUGUAAACUGAGGUACCUCUGUACUUUAUUUAAAUGACGCAGAGCUACACAAAAUGGUCUGUGCUUCUUUUUUUGGAACUUUAGUCAUUUCUGCUAACUACUUUGAGACUAUGUACUACUUAAUUAAAGGUAACUGUUAUGAACUAAACUGUUACCAGGUAUAGCAAUAUUUAUUUUGUACUAACAAAAACAAAUCUUCACAAUAAACAUGCACGAGGAGUAACUUCGCAGUGGAUGUUUUUUGCAUGAUGCAUAUGACCUUUACGUGCAGUGACAGCCUUGUUUGUAUUUUUGAAAAUGUGACAUCCCUUCUCCAGUAGUAAGAAGGAAAGUAUUAGGUAUUCAAUAUGUUUUUGGUAAUGCAUUUAGUAACUGUUUUGGCUAACAAAAUGUAUAGCCCAAAUCCGCUUCCAUACAAAAUGUGACAAUGCUAUGUUAGUGGUGGCAAAGGUAAACUGCAUUAACAUUGACUGUAGAAUUGUGCAACAAUUUCCCAUGAAGAUGGGCUGAAGAUAUAUUUUACAGUCUUUGGAUUUUUGCCACCCCUGUACAUUUUAAGGUGCCUGCUGUGGGGCCUGGGCUGCCUUUGCAUAUAUAUAUAUAGCGAUUACAGGUUUUUCUCUCUCUCUCUCUAUAUAUAUAUAUAUGCAGUUCUGAUUUUACCCUCCUUCAGCUUCAUAUCUGCUCCUCCUGCAAACCAUGAGAGCGCUGCCGCCGGUUGCCAUGGCAACGCUAUGGCGUGCAUUCCGUGCCGUGCGGAGCAUUGCCAUAGCAACCCACGCAACGCUUACAUGACUCAAAGCAAUUGUGUGUAUAGAUUGCUUUGAAGACAAAUGUAAACAUUUAAAUUGUGUAAAUUAAUAGUUUUUGUUUUUCAUUUAUAUGUUCACCCUUUAUAAAAAAAAAAAUAUUUGGGAAACAAAUACCUUUAGACAGUAUGUAGUUUCCUUUAUCUUGCAAUAUUUCACACAUGGUCUGAAACGCUAGGAUAAAAACACAUUUUUUAAUUUUUCUCACAUGCAGUACAUGUGACAAAAUAGAUUAAUAAAAAUGGUCAAAUACCUAGCUUAUACGUAUUUGCAAGGACCCUGAAGGCAUUUAGUAGCAGUACAGCUUACUAAAAUGGAAACAAACUGUAAAAAUAAUGUCUGCACUUAUGCAUGAAGCCCUUAUACAGUAAAUAUAGUUAAAGGGUCACUAUAGUCACCAAAACAACUACAGCUUAAUGUUGUUGUUCUGGUGAGUAAAGCCACUCCCUACAACCUUUUUGCUGUAAACACUGCCUUUUCAUUUUCUCCAUCGCCACACCAGAUCUUGCCACGGUUCGUCUUGCCUCCAUCAAUUUUGAUGAUAUCAGCCAAUCCAAUGUUUUCAGAGCAAAGGCAGUGCUUAAGUUGCUAUCUAGGGACACCUCCAGUGGCCAUUCCUCAGAUGGCCACUGGGGGUGCUUCUGCUCUGCAUGGAGACACUGAUCUUUCCCUAUAGAGAUGCGUUGAAUCAGUGCAUCUCUAUGAGGAGAUACUGAUUGUCAAGCUAGUGUUUGGCCCUGCUCCUUGUCGUUCUCAGCCAAUCAAAUGCUUUUCCCGUGUGAAAGCAUUAGAUUGGCUGAGAUGAUCAAUUCUGAUGUUGUCAGCCAAGGAGGCGGAUCAGGAACGGGGCCAUUGGCACUGGAACUAUUUGGCACUGGAAAUAAGGUGAGUUUUCUCUAUGAGGAGUGUUCAGAGUCUCCAUGCAGAGUGUGGAGAUACUGAACCUAGGUGCUGCAUAUAGUGCAGCACUGAACUAGGAACCAACACUAGUUUCCACCUUAAUGAUUGCCACAAGAGAUGUUACUAGGAAGAAAACAUCUCUACUGGUAGUCUGAAAAGGCAGUGUUUACAGUGAAAAGCCUGGACAUGCUAUAGACAUAUACAUACAUUAUGCCAUAGCGGUUCUGGCAACUACAGCGUCCCUUUAAAUCAUAUAUUUAUAAAAUAAGGGAAUUUAAAACUGCUUUAACAAUCUUUACAAAUCUCUGGGUUACUAACAUAAUGCUAUCAGUGAAACAGUAGAGUCCAACCACUACCCCCCUCCCUGACUGUAGAAAUAAUAUGCCUUAUUCAAAAUUGUAGCAAAUUGAAAUCCCAGUUUGGUAAAACUGAGGCUUAGUUCGCUGAGACAGCUGAGUUUGAGAAAUUUUCCAUAUCAUUUGUUUUUAUGAAUGUUUUACCACUCAAACUGCAAGUCAGGUAUUAAAGAAUAAACAUAAUAAAGGCCCCCAUAACUUACAGGGGUAGAUGCCAACAGUCCAAAUUAAGGAUGAUCUUUUUAAAUCCAUGACAUCACUGAUUGUCUAUUUCCUAGUACAACUCGAUAAGGAAGAUACUUGUAUCCAAUUUGUUUAUGUUUUGACGAUUCUCAUAUUCCUAAAGUUUAAAGGACCACUAUAGUGCCAGGAAAACAUACUCGUAGAUAUUCGUAGAUUAGAACCAAACAAUAAAUCUCCCCCAAUAUAAUGACUUUUCUAAAUGCUCUCUGAAGGUGCAAGCCAUGUUGUAAUUACAGUAGUGACAAGGAUAAACUCAGCUAAAUAAAAGGCAAAAUUACAGAAACUUUACAAUCAAAGCAAAUAUACUUUCGUAAUUGGUGUGUUUUCAUAUUGUUUUACAGUAGUUUUGUGUCUUGGUGUUACAUAAAGGAGACCUGCAUUAAUGGCCACCUACUACAGUCGUUCUGUGUUGGAUAUGAUGUGAUAUUUGAUAUAAACACUCAGAGCUGUGCUUUUUUUGUUUCACUGUACACUCGAUAUGUUUCUCUCACAUUUCAGAUAGAACACAUAUGUGAAAUAAUACAAAGAAAAACAUGAUAUAAUGGUUAACCACUUUUCUGCCAGAGGUUCCUAGUCUGUUUAUUUUAUCACAUUGCGAUAAUUUAAUUAGAAGAAAAUUGAUCAUAAUGCCUUCUUUGUUGACGACUUAUUGUAGCUUGACUUGUAAAAUAAAAAGAGCAUUUGCCAUUCUUUUCUGGAGGAAUAUUAUCUUCUAUGAAACCGGAGAUAUGCAUGGAGUCAAAAGAGCGAUUUAAAAUGAAAUUGGAACUGUCAAGAGUUAACUAGCUCAGAUCAGAUUCAGUGAAGAUCUCUGAAAAAAUUCAAACCUGUAGUCUGUAUCACAUGCCCACUGCUUGCUGUUAGCUGGACUGCCCAAGAUAUGCAGCUAAUCCUUUAACGCCAACCACCCUUUUUGUAUAACGUUAAUAUGCCACUCAACUAUAAAAAUAACAUUCUCUAAAAUAGGCAAAUUAUAAUAAUUUUUUUCCAUAGAAUGGUAAAAAAAUAGUAUGUAUUUCUUAUGGCACAUGCCAUUUUUUUCCUUUUCCAAAUGUGUCCGCUUCAGUCCGAACAUCAGGAUAAUCGACUGAUGAGCCACCUACAUUCUUGCAUUGUAAAGUCGCCAGUUUAUAUACUCUGCAGAUUUCAUGUGAAAAUGAGCAUCGCUCAUCGUUGAAAAGUAAUGGUCAGUAAUGAGUCUGUUUACACACAGUCAACUUACUAUCAAACCUGGAGACUACCGUGCAUUUCAAAUUUCUUUGGAAAUUUGUGAGACACCAUGUGGUUAUCAUUUUACAUUUCUUUGCACAUCACUUCCUAAAACUGUAGUAAUUAUAUUGUGUAUUAAGUUCUAAAAAGAAAUAAAUAUCAGAGUAUGAAGAUUAGUCACCAAAGGGAUUACAUUAUACCACUUUUCUAUCUAAAAUCGAGUGCAAACAUUUUCAUGCAUUUUGAAAAAUGAAAUCUUGUCCAUAAAGCCUCACUCAUCUUUAUUUAUACCUAGUUAUAAAUGUCAGCCUGUAGAGGAACACAUUUCUCUACCAGAAGCCAUUGGUAACUGAUACAAUGCAGUAAAGUUGCUGAAAAUGUAAGCUCACACACUGCUGUCAAACAGUACAGGAAGUUUCAAUAAGGCAUAUUAUUCCUACAAUAAGGGAGAGAGGAGGAGUGAAUGGACACCACUAUUUUACUGUCAGCAUUACAUUAGCAUUCCAGAGAUUGAUAAAUAUUUUUAUUUUAUGUUUAUUUUUGAAAUAUAUGAUUUAACUGUAUUUACUGUAUGUGGGCAUUAUGCUCAAAUGCAGACAUUUUAUUUACAUUAUGCUAUCUUUUUAGUAAGCUUUAUUGCUGAUAAUACCUUCAGGGUCAAAAUUAGGUACCUGCCCAUUUUUAUUUAUGUAUUUUACUUUAUAUCGGUAACAUUUUUGCUUUUAUACUAACAUUUCAUACCCUGUGUGAAAUAUUGCAAGAUAAAGGAUGAUAUCCACUGUCUAAAGCAUGGUUGUCCAACCUUUUGGCUUCCCUGGGCCGCACUGAGCGCAGAGGAAUUGCCUUGGGCAACUUAUCCAUAUGUGGGAAGCAGUUCCUCCCGCAAGUAUGCUGGUCAGAGUGUUGCCACUGCAAUGCUCAGACAGCAUUCUGCUCACAGGAGAAGUGAAGACAGCCUGCAGCUAGAGGAGCUGCAGGCUGUCUUCACUUCUCCCGUGAGCAGUAAGCUGUCAGAGUGUUUCCGUGGCAACAUCCUGACCAGCAUGCCCGCGGAAGGAACUGCCUCCUAGGUCCUACCUGUCACUUAUUAAGGGCCUCUGGGCAGGUGAGGUAGACCUUUGAUCUCCCCACUGGCCCAUAGAGGGCCCAAAGGAAGUGAGCAGGGAUUUCUCUCCGUGGGUUGGCAGGGGAGAUUAAAUGAUCUCUCAUGUUGGCCCCAGCACAUGGGCAACAGUGCCCAUGCAGAAAGACGGACCUGUUUGCGGACAGUUGGGCACCGUUGGUCUAAAGUUUUUCAUUUUACAAAUAUUUUUAUAAAGGAGGAAGGAAUAAGUGAAAAAUAAAAUCUGUGCAAACUUACAUAAUUUCCAUUUUUUUUAUUUGUCUGAAAAGCAAUUUAUUCACAAAAUGUUUGUGGUAUGAUAUGUUUAGAUGCUAGUUAUAAAUCCCUUGCUUCAAAUACAUGUUAUGCUAGUAUUUUUUUCAAUUAAAAUGAGCUCAGUAGUGAAUGGGGUUAUUUUGAUGUAGCGUGUUGGUUAUAUGAAAGCAUAAGCACUGAAGAAAUGAGUUCCAAAAAUAGUGUUUUCUUGUAAUUAAGUGCAGACUUACCAGGUGUCCUGCUUUUAGAAGGACAGUCCCUAUUUUGAGUUUACGCACCUCUCCAUACUGACUGACAGAGUUAUUCACUAAAUUGAGAAUUCAAAGUAAAUUUCAUAUUUAAGGUCAAAAUAGGGAAACUGGAAAUAUUCUCUCAGUUAGCUACACUUUCAUUUUGGCUACUUUGGUCUUAAAUUUUAAAGUCACUUUGAAUUAUAAUUUUAUUAUCAUUAGAUGCACUUACUCUGUGCAAGAGGCACAGCAGUGCUUGACUGGCAAUGCCUAAUAAAGGCCCACCCAAUGUUGGGAAAACAUGCUAGUGUAAGUUAUCAUCCCUUUGCCGCUUUGGAAAAGCUAAGCAUCACAUGGAGGUUUACAUACCCAUCACUACUGCAUUCUAAAUUUUUUUAUCUGUUCUCAAUUAACUUUCGUUUGCUAAAAACAUGAUGAGCGCUAGAUAAUUGUCAGAUUACAGCAAACACUAAUGAAGCAACUCAAAAUUAUAUGACAAAUACCUGUUGUAAUUGUAAUAUAUGUCAAGUGCCUUUGGCGUUAUGUUUGGUGGCCAAGGUCUGUGAUUGGUUGAACUACUAAGGUAAGUUUACAGAUUCUCUGAUUUUAAACGUUUCUGUAAUUUUUAAUUAGGUGUUAUUCCCAAAUUCUGAAUUUCCAACCACAGUUGAAUAUAUUUGUUUGGAUUGAAAAUAUUUCUUUACAUUCUGGCUGUUAGAAUAUUUGGAUGAUAUGAAUUAAAACCAUUUGGUUAGCACAAUUUGUUGAGCUGUUACCUAAAACCUUUGUAAUGUGAUAUUAAAACAUUCACUGUGAGUCAGUUCAUUUUAAAGGCUCCCAUUACACUAUUUGUCAUGUUAGCAGCUGAAAAGACGUAUAACACACAAGGAAUCUAUUAUGCUGGUAGUGACUAUUAGUGAAGCAAUUAGUAUGGAUCAUUUUUAGUUCUUUUCAACAACAUCAGAAUGAACGUUCUGCAUUCUAAAUCUUGGUAACAGUGUAUGAAAUUAGCAAAAAAGAAGUAACAAAUAAACACUUAUUCCAAUAAGGAGCCCUUGUAUAAAUCCUUAGCAACACAGAGUUCAUUUUUCUAUAAACACGUAUUUCUUUUAAGGUUCUUAUUUUUUAAAAUUUUGUGAAUUCCAGCAAGAUAAAGGUGUUCUGUGGCCUUAAAGUGAACCUGUAAGUAAAAAAAUAAACUUGCCUUAAAUGCUUGCAUAUACAUUGAAUACACCAUAUAUCACAUAGAUAGUGUACAUGAUGUAUUCCCUGUAAAAUAUAGAGAUUUAUACACCUUUUUCUCAGUUCCAGUGCCGCUUCGUGUAACACUCACCUCUGGGCUGUCCUCCGCUCCGCCUCUGGUCAGCCAGCUUCUUUGAUUUGUCCUCCUUUUGGACGAAUCCUCAAGCAGGGCCAGCCUCCUCAGUGACGUUGGCACUCUGGCUUUGUUGCUGGCUAGGGAGGUUCCAUAGCCACCCCAGCAGAUGCUUAGGAGAGCAGUAGGACCUCCAGUGAGAGGUGUUUUAUGCUCUCCCUUGUCAGUCAUUGCCUCGGCAUUCAAAUGCAAACAAACACACACACACACGUUGUAUAUAUUCUUUGUCUUAAUUUAGAAGCUCACUCUACUAUCUAUCAUUUGUACCACAUAUCUUUCUAAAUCUUCAGAUUGUCUUGCCUUCAUGCAACCUGAGAAGGUUCAAUUCUUUAGGAAGGGGGACAAUUGGACAUUAGGAUGCUGAAAGGGAAUAUAUUUAGUAGUAAUUAUUUCAGAUGACUUAAAGGUAGGAAGACAAUUUAAUAGAGCAGCAGGAAAUGCUAGCAGAAUGCUUGGUUGUAUAGGGAGAGGUAUUAGCAGCUCAUGCUAUUGUACAGAACACUGGUGAGACCUCACUUGGAGUAUUGUACGCAGUACUGGAGACCGCAACUUCAGAAGGAUAUUGAUACUUUAGAAAGAGUUCAUAGAAGGGCUAAUAAGCUGGUUCAUGGAUUGCAGGAUAAAACUUACCAGGAAAGGUUGCAGGGUCUUAACAUGUAUAGCUUGGAGGAAAAACGAGACUGGGGGGAUAUGAUAGAAACAUUUAAAUACAUAAAGGGAAUCAACAUAGUAAAGGAGGAGACUAUAUUUAAAAGAAAAAAAGUACCACAACAAGAGUCUUAAAGGACCACUAUAGUGCCAGGAAAACAAACUCGUUUUGCUGGCUCUAUAGGGUCUUUAGGUCCCCUCCACCCUCUGGGUCCCACUCCCGCUGGGCUGAAGGGGGAGGAAAGGGUUCAAUUCUUACCUUUCUCCAGAGCCGGGAUCCCUCGGCGCUGGGGACUCUCCUCCCUCUUCCGACGUCAUCCGCCGAAUGAGCAUGCACAGCAAGAGCCACGCGCGCAUUCAAUCAGUCCAAAGGAAAGCAUUUCUCAAUGCUUUCCUAUGGAUGUUGGCAUCGUCUCACUGUGAAAAUUACAGUGAGAAGCGCGGAAGCGCCUCUAGCGGCUGUCAAUGAGAAAGCUACUAGAGGCUGGAUUAAUCUGAAACUAUGCUAUGUUUACAGCUGCCGGGUUAACCCUAGAUGGACCUGGCACCCAGACCACUUCAUUGAGCUGAAGUGGUCUAGCUGCCUAUAGUGGUCCUUUAAAUUAGAGGGGCAAAGGUAUAAAAAUAAUUUCAGGAAGUAUUACUUUACAGAGAGGGUAGUGGACGCAUGGAAUAGCCUUCCAGCUGAAGUGGUAGAGGUUAACACAAUAAGGGAGUUUGAGCAUGCGUGGGAUAGACAUAAGGCUAUCCUAACUAUAAGAUAAGGCCAGGGACUAAUUAAAAGUAUUUCGAAAAUUUUGCAGACUAGAUGGGCCGAAUGGUUCUUAUCUGCCAUCACAUUCUAUGUUUCUACGUUUCUAUUACUUCUGUGUGAUCCCAGAUUCUCAAAGAAUUGUAGAUGGAUGUACACUUAGUACUCGUAAGGAUUUUCGGUGAUUCUGAUUCCAACAUACAACCUUGGGUAGGCCAAGUGACUUUAGAGCUUCCUCUAAAGAGAUCCAUCUUCUGUGCUCUCCAGGGUUAUACUAAGAAACUAUUUGUGCCAAUUGCUUAACAUAAUGGCAAAAACAAUAAUGUGGCAGACCCAAACCCCUGCUGCUUUGGGUGAUACUACCAUCAUUGUGAUAUACAAUCAUGGUCGUUGUAGCAAACAAACUAAUAUACUGCUGUUCAAAUCAAAUGGCAUUUGACCAAAUAGACCUCCUGUUUUAUUAGAGCUCUUUUUGUCUUUUCAUUUGUUUAAGCUCUUACACCAGCUAUUAAAUCAUCAGCCCAAGUCAGUGCAUAGAAUGCCAAAAAAAGAGUCUGCUUCGCCAGCAGUAAUAGACCAAAAGGAGUUACAUGGAUAAUUAAAACGUUUUUUUAUAAUUAAAACAAAAAGUGAUAGUUACAGACAUUGGUGAAAUAUCCUCUUCACAUUUUUAGGAGAAGUGAUUUAAUGGGGAUACAGUCCACAGAAGCCACAUCCGUACAUAUUUUUGCCAACUUGCAAUUAUAAUUUUUUUUAUAUAAUUGAUUAAGAGUCUAGUGAUGAUUUGAAAGUCUGUAAUUGUGAUGUUUAACAUGAGUUUGGCUUGAGUUAGCAUGAUGUUCUACGGUUCUGUAAACUACAAUAGAGAGAUGUACGACAGGUGAGGAUUGCUGAGAUUAGCAUAUGAAUGGAUUGAGGCAAUAUGUAAAAUAUAUCCAGUUUUAAAAUGACUGCCUAGCUUUCUGGUGAGUUAACACUAACUGUCAUGUUAUGAUUGCUAAAGUUUACACUUCAAAUUUUUUACGUUUUGUUAUUCUAGGGCAGGGUUCUCCAAACUCUGGCCCUCUAGAUGUUGCUUAACUACAACUCCCAUGAUUGUUUGAAUGAAACAGCCAGAAAAUCAUGGGAGUUGCAGUUCAUCAACAUCUGGAGGACCAGAAUUUGGAGAACCAUGUUCUAGAAGAAACAUUUGUAAUAUUUAGUGCGUUGAUUUAUGUUGUUGGGAUUCAUAAUAUGUCUGACAAUGUCAAUGAGUCCACUAGCAGAGGGAAGCGUGUGGUAUGAAUGAGUUGAAAAUCUCAUUAAAUUUAUUUAAUUGUUACUCCUUGAGAAGGGUAAUGUGGGGGGGGGGAGCAGAGCUAGCCGCCUAACGGAGAGGCAGCAUACCUGAGAACUCCGAGAUACUCUGCUGAAAAAUAGAGAUUUUAAUGGUGAUCCCCAGCCCACAACACACCACUCGACCUCGUACCUGCUGUGGGAAGGUGCUAUGGGGUGUAAAAAUAAAAAAGUGAAGGCUGAUAGGGGCCCGAUGAGCUGCGAUAUAGGAGAACGCAUGGCUUGGGACAAGAUGGCUCUGGAGGUUGAAGAAUCCUCAUGCUCCUCAGAGGAUAUCCCCUUCGAUCCAGGAGCAGGGGCAUCUCACAGCCUGCUGAUGGUCCCUCACACUAAGAAACUCUCUGACAGUGACAAGGUCACGGCGGGGCAGCUGAAGCAGAUGCUGGCUGAGCUCAGGACAAAUCUGGCGACAGAUAUGGCCUACUACAAGGAUGCCAUAGAAGGCACUACCACUAAGAUAAACCUAUUGGAGGCAACUACAAGUUCUCAAGAUUCCAGGAUAACCUCUUUGGAACACAAACUCUCUACAGAAACAACAAACAGCCACCAAUGAUAAACAGGAUGCCGCAGAAGAUCAGAGGAGACUUACUCAAUUUGUCAGACGUUCGCUUAAUACACUGCUACCACCAAAACAAGCGAAAGGGGUGAAAUGGGAUGGUCUAUUCUGUCUUCCUCCGCUUCCAAGCUGCAACGCGAGGGAAGACCCCCCUGCAUUUUGAGGGAACCUCGCUACAACUGUUCCCUGACCUCAUCCGCAACAUGCUGGAAUGGUGCAGAGCACUGCAACCACUACUGCAGCUUCUCCAUGCGAAAAACAUCAUAUAAUGCUGUGGGACCCCGAAAUACCUCACCUUUACACACACGGGAACAACCUACCGUGCACUGUGUUACUCCGAAUUGGAAUCCCACAUGCGCAGCCUGGGCCUCACGGAACCGGCGACUAUAUCAGACCUAGCACAGCUUGGUCCUUCUACUAUAGAGGAAUUCACCUCCCGCAAAGCCUGUCGCCUGGAACCUGCCAGAGACGCGUCCUGAAAGGUCUGGCAUGGACUGCUAGUGAGCCCCACAAGGAUUAUUAUUAUUUUAUUAUAUAUAUAGCUCCAGCAAAUUCCAUAGCGCUGUACAAUGGAAGGAUUCUCCACUGAAGCCGAGAUCUCUUCAGAGACUGUUUAAUUUUAUAUACAAAAUACUGUCAGUCUUUUAUGUUUUCAGUUUUUGUUUAAUUUAAUUUUCAUUUUACUUAUUUACAUGUUUAUUUUUUUUAAUCUACGCAUGCCACAUACUAAUUAUAGAGAUCUAAUAGCCACUCCACCACACUAGACACCUCCCUGCUUUGGUACACCGGGAUAUCACAUUAAGCUCUACACACCAAGCUAUUCCCUGCAGGGUAGGGCUAGGUAUAGUUUAGCCACAUCAUCUACUAAGAAUCCAUUGUCGCUACCGGUAAUCUGGGAGGGUGGUUAAACCCCAUUAGGGUGUGAACAGAAAGGACAUACAUACAUACACUAAAUGACACACCCCAGGGGAACUACUAGCAAGACUAUAACGUUAUAGGAACGCCACCUCAUAUCACUCCCUCUCUUGAGUACCUAACACUGCUCUACUCUUGUUUACUAUAUAAAAUGUGCCAAUUAACUAGGCAUUUGCAUGAGAAGGAGUUGUAAUUCAUUAAAGCUGACUUUCUGUUAAAUCCUGCCUGUUAAAUCUGUCCUUGACAUACCAAUGCACAAAAAAUAAUGAAUGUAAAAAAAGGGUGAUGCAUCUGUUAUUUAUUUUGGUAAUUUUGAAUCAGCUCUUAUGUGUUUACAUAAUAAAACAAAUGUGCUCAAAUUAAGCCUUUAACCCCUUAAGGACACAUGACGGAAUAUUCCGUCAUGAUUCCCUUUUAUUUCUGAAGUUGUGUCCUUAAUGGGAUAAGAGCAAUCCCUGGAGGGGUGGGAAUUUCUGCCCUAAUCUCCAAGGUCAAAUUCUUUUGUCUAUGGGAGAUGAGGUACAUGGGGUUGAAGUAGGUUUCGAACAGUCUUGAACCAUUUAACCCCACAAUACAUUUAGAGAGUGUGGAAUGGAGCCAAGUAGACAAUUAUGAAGGGUGUGCUUUGCCAAAGUUCUGGUAUAUGUGAGGAUACCUGGCAAAUUCUGAGGCCAUCCUUCUCUAUCUCAAUUCAUAAUGGGCACCUCUCAGCUACCCAUCUCCUACAAUAAUUGUACAGUGCUACGGAAUGUGAUGGCGCUAUUUAAAUAAUAAUAAAAUAAUAAUAAAAUAAUAAUAAUGAAAAACAAAAGAUACCUCUCCCAUGAAAAUCCAGCAUCCAGCAAUGGUAUGGUGAAAAACUGUCAGUUAAGCUGCCAAGUUCUUUUGCCUUUCCCAACAACGACAAGGCUGAUGCCUUAAAACUCAGCCACGCAAAAAUAUUGCUGUAGGAUUACCAAACAUAAUAUGGAUAGGAGAACCAAAAACAAAGAGGACUUCUAACAGAGGGAAUGAGAGUUAUAGGGGAUUAUAUUGUCUUCAUAAUCCUAUACGAUUAUGGUACCUUGUGCUACUAGAUGUGGACCUUAAUAUAAUACCUCGACAACGAAUGGUGAAUAUUAAGUGGUGUUAAGGUUCACUAACUCUUUACAGCUGACAUUGUUGUCUUAAGAGAGGACACUGAGACUGUGAGAGCCAUAUUGCAAUACUUUGCAAAUUGUACUCCAAAACAAAUUAUUUGCUCAAAGGAAUCGAAUGUUAGGUAAUGCCAAUAGAUGGUUAAGGGGAUUGCAUACUUAGUGUACAUUGGGAAACUCCCACAACUAUUUUGGAUUCUCCUUCCUAUCCUAUUCCUUCCAAAGCAGGCUAAAAUGUGCACCUUUAUUGGGGUCAAGUAAAUUAAUUCCUGGUUCCUGGUAAUAAGCUGUGUAACCCAUGUGUCCUAACAGCUACUGAGUUUUCCCCGAAAAUAAAAUAUCCCGUGAAAAUAAGCCCUACCCCGAAAAUAAGCCCUAGUCGCUAGUUCGCUAAUCUAUGUUUGGGGAAUUUUCCCCCGAACAUAGAUUCGUGGGAUUCCAUGCGCUAGUAAGCUGCUCUAUGUUCGGGUCUUAUUUUCGGGGAAAAAAACAGUACCUAAGGUCACUUUAUAGUUAAUCCUGCUAGUCUCCAUUUUCUUAUCUACAACGUUUUGUAUCUUUCAUAUCACUAAUAUGUUACAUGAUAUUGUCCUUUUGGGACUACUGUUUUGGCGAGCAGGGGUAGAUUCAUGGUUACUAUAUGAAAUAUAAGUUAUUUUAUUUUUACUGCAAAUAUAUAUUAUUAUAAAAUUUCAUGAAUAAACUCUGAAAAGGAAAACACAAAAUGCAAUCUGCAAUAGCCUAUCAAAUAGUGAAACUUACAAAAAAAAGCAAAACAAAAAAAUGAAAGUAUUGUUCAUGAUUAGCAAUAGCAUAUAAUUAUUUUUCAAACAAGCAAAAAUCAUAAACUAAUUUUUGUGAUGCCAACACUUUCCGUAAAACCCAGUGUGCAAUCAACCAAUUGGUAUGCCAUGCAUUUUUGACCUGUGUUGUACUUCACCAAGUAAUUCAACCCACAUGGAGAAGGUCGGAGGAGCAUUAAUGCAUUAAUUUAUUGUUUCCGAUUCCAGGGAGGUUGUCCGGUCGACAAGACGCACAGGAAUCAGUGCAGAGCAUGCCGCCUAAAGAAGUGUUUGGAAGUCAAUAUGAAUAAAGAUGGUAAUUAUUGCAAGAUCUGAAUAAACAGCUAGUAGUAUCUUUUAAUAAGAAAACAUGAUAUCCUUUGACCGAAAUAUACAAUCAUGUAUUGUUACUUAUAUUAGAAAAAGAAAAAAAAUCCAAUUAUCAUAUUUUCUUAGCAAUCAGCGAGACAGUCGUGUUUUUUUUUUUUUUGAUAAGCAAAAUCAGAAGCAUUAUGCUUAAGAACUGAAGCCUACAUUAAAAAAUGAUUGAUGUGCCUCUGAUAAAAAUAUAGAUUAAUGUAGUUAUUUAGAAAAAGGAAAAUCAUAAGGAAGAGAUGUUCUCAAGGACACAGUAUGAGGGAACAUUUUCAUGAUUUUAACCUUUUAAUGAACUGUAGUAUCUAAGAUACUGUUCUCUGCAUCAUUUUGCUAAAUAUAUUUGAUUAGUUCAAAGAUGAUUACUGGAUUGAUUUCAGCUGUACAACAUGAAAGAGGGCCAAGAACAUCCACCAUCAGGAAGCAAGUGGCUUUGUACUUCAGAGGGCACAAAGAUGUAAAUGGAUCAGCACCUCACUUCCCAUCAACAGCUCUACCAACCCCUAACUUCUUCACCGCCGUGAGUCAACUAGAGCCACACACCCUGGAACUGGCCGCAGUAUCGACUACCCCCGAAAGACAGACACUGGUUGGACUGGCACAGCCUACUCCAAAGGUAAACUACCCUCCAUUAAAGAGAGAAAUGAAUUACUGCUGGAGAUAUUUUAUAUUAUUAUUAAAGAUGUUCUGCACCACUGUUUCUUCUGCUUAUUGCCAUUUUAUCCCAUACCAUAAUUUUCUCUUGAUUAAGCUAGAAAAUAUUCAAGGAUAUAGGAUUCGAUUAGAUCAUUUUCAAUUAUAGGGUAAUAGCUUCUUGAUCCGAGGAUAAAUCUGACUGCUAUUCUGCGGUCAAGAAGGAAUUUUUUCCUAGUUUGUUGCAAAAUUGGAAAUGCUUCAAAGUGGUGUCUCUACAUCUAUAUCCAUCUCCUGUUUUGGAAAAUAUAUCUGGAACAACCUACUUCUCAAUUUGCUUUCAGCCGAAGGGUUUCUUUUAUAGUCGUAAACUCAAUAUCAAACUCAUAUACUUAUUCAUACUCAAAUAUCAUGUUUAAAAAAAUCUUUCACAACUGGACGAGUGUUUCAGUUUUUCCUUGAGAUCUGUCACUUCUCAGAAUUUUUAAUAUAACUUUUACUAAUUUAACAAAUAUGUAUUUGUGAGUUUUAAAAAUAAAAUUAAAUACAGAAAUCAACAACUUUUUAUUCUGCAAUUGGUACCUCCAUCCUAGCCCCUUGUAUGUCAUUGUUAUAAACUCUGCUCUUUGAACAUGGCUGUCAAUAAGAAAGGAACACAAUACAAUGUCAAGGUGAGGCAAUGAAGAGGCUUCAUUUGCAAUGUUUAGGGUCAGUCCUUUUUUGCGCCCUUAUCUCUUUGUCCCUCUUUUCUAUCAGUUCCAUAUUGUUGGUGUGUCUGAGUGUAUAACAGAGAUCCACAAUAUGUGUCUUUAAACUACAAUAAAUGUAUUUAGAAAUCAGUCUGCGUGCGCGUGAUACAUUGUUCCUGUUCUAAAUUACAUUUAAGUUGCAUAAACAGAACAGCCCAGCUCCUGGCCAAAUUCACAGCCACGCCCCUAAAAUUAAAUUGUCCCUCUUUGUCCAUUUGAAAUGUUGGAAGGUCUGGGUAUGUAUUCUUCAUGGGUUAGUAGAGAAUGGACAUGAGACAUUACCCAGUCCUCAUAUAGCUGAUAUUUGAAUUAUUAGCACAAAACUGCUUAACACUAAUUAUAAUAACACUUUAUUUUAAAAUUAAAGUGAUGAUAUAAAGCACUUUAGCAAAUGUUCUUGUAGUUAAUUAAGGCCUUGAUUUUAAAAGCUUUCCAAAUGAUUUAAUAUUGUUAGAAAAACUUUCCAAAUCACUUGGAAAGUGUGCCUCUUAAGCCCCCUAAUUCUUGUGUGCCCCUUAAUCUUACCCUUUUCAUCCCUCUUAAACCCCCACCUUUUCUCUCCCUCUUACCCUCCUUACCCCUUGUGUGUCUACUAUCCCCCGCUUACCCUUAUUCUUGUUCCUUAUCCUUUGUUGGUUUGAGGACUUAUGCUUGGACACACACAAAAAUUGUGUCAGGGAGCAGGGAGGAGGCGCCAUCCUCAUUUGUAUGAGUAUGUAGUAAGUGUUUAUGUGUGUAUAGGGGAUCUAGUGUCCGCAUAGGGUAUAUAUGGAAAGUGUGGGUUGGGAUAGGGGCGGCAUUGUGCGAGAAAGAGAGACAGGGGCUUACAGAGUUAUGCAAGAUUUUUUUUUAAUGUUAAAUUAAUUAUAUUUGAUUCCCCUCUCCAUUUUGGUUACCUACGCUUAGGGAGGGAGCAUAUCAAGAUCCCUGGUGGUCCAGUGCUCCAGGUCUGCACCUCUGCUUAGUGCAGUUUCAGUCAUUAUGAAUUCCUCUUGUGAGCUGUACCACUCUGGGUAUUAAAACAUUAACCUGUGGCAAUACUCUGAGCCAGAGUUUUCAAGAGGAAUGCAUUCAAUCUGUACCCAAGAGUUUUCAUGCCUCCUCUGCCUGUUACAUUAGGUUGUCACAUUUGGUUGUUUUUGGUCUGCUCAAGAAGGCACAUAUGCUGGCGUUCUGAUGGAUUAGGUUCUCUGUCAAAAGCUGUUUCCCCUCACACUUGAUCAAUCUUCUGAACUCCUCCAUCCUUAGGCUUACUGUGGCUAAAGAGACUGCUCCGUGCAGUCCUGAAAUGUAAGUGAAGUUACUGUUACACUGAGUUUUACAGUUAAGGUCUUCAUUUCAAGCUUGGGAUUUUGGAUAUUCAUUUAAGGUUAGGGUUGAAAUAAUUGAUUAGAAAUAGGGAUAUUUUCUUUUAUUUAUAGAUAAGGAAAAUUUAUAUUUUUCAUUGCCUAUCCCACUAUGACCCUUGGUAUGAGGUUUAAAGUUUUGGCAUUUUUUAUUCUCAGUUUUUCUAAAAGUAGUUAAACAUAUUUUCUCUGUGUUUUAGUAUCCACAUGAAGUGAAUGGAGCACCUAUUUAUCUAUAUGAGGUAGCUACUGAAUCGGUGUGUGAAUCGGCUGCCAGGCUUCUUUUCAUGAGCAUUAAAUGGGCAAAGAGUGUGCCUGCUUUCUCUACUCUGUCUCUCCCAGAUCAGGUAAGAAAUACACUGUAAACAGAUUGUGUGUGUGUUUCUUUAAAUAUCAGUGAAUUGAUUUUUUUUUUCUCAUCCAAAGCCUAAAUUAUAAUUGAUUAAUUUCUGUAAUAUCCUAUAUUUUAAGAUGCUCUAAAUAUGACUACAUCUACGGAAACAUUGUACACUGUUUACCCUAUGGCUGGUAAAUUUUAACCGGGGGAAAUAAACUACCUUAGUCUGUAUGUAAUAUACUACAAGCAAAUUACAUAGCGGGGCAUUAUUUCCUACUGGAAUUUUGCCAUUUAUAAAAGAUACCUUAUGGAGAUCUUACAGUCAAGUGGAUUCUUUAUGGUGCAGUGUAUUUGGGUUUAGGUAAUGUAUAUUUCCGAACUAGGAACAUGGACAAUGCAAUCAGUACUCUUAAAAAAAACUUUUAUUUAGUAAACCUGGUCAUUAUUCUCCCCCCCCCACCCCCUCAUCAUUUUUCCAGGUUCUUACAUUGAGCAGUCUCUUACCUUAAUACAAAUCCAAUUCAAGUACCAAUAUACGAUGCCAUAAUAUUUACCUUGGUCUCUUACCUACAUUUUGAAAGCAAUCCAGAAUCACAUCCCUAUUAAACUGGAUCACCAGAGUUGAUAAAAUUGAGUCUUUGAGGAAUUUCAUCUUUGUGUUUUUGAGAAAGACCAGCCUUUUGGUCCAGUUUGACAUUGGUCCAGUAUUUACAGGCCCUGUCCUUACCCCUUUCUCAUCAUGUCUGCAAAGGACUAGCUAAUUUUCUUUGACCUUGAAAUACCAUGAUUAUGUAACAACCUUAUCUAUUGCAACAGCUAUCAUAGUAUGCUUGACCACAAAAAAAAUUGUCAAUGGACAUUUCGACCAUUUUCUAACCGCCAUUAACAAUGCAUGUCCCGGGAGUGUGAUGACGUAGACGGGUGCGUGUCUACGUGAGAGGAGGGGCAAUGUAGUGGAAGGGCGUCCGGCGGUGUCUUUUUGGCGGCGAGGGGGUGAUUUGGCCGACACAUCCGACACACUGAGGCGAGACUACCGACGAGACUACCUGGGCUUUCUCUUUUCCCUUCAGUCCGGCGAAAAUUGAGGGGAUCCGGCGGCAGCCCUCGAGUAGAGACGUAGGGGAGACCUGGCGAGGAGAGAAAAUAGCGGCUACAAAGAUAAGUCUGCUAUAUGCAGUAUUGAUAUUAUUAAAGACCAAGAAAUAAUGGCAUUGAGAGAGUGAAAGAGAGAUGGGGGGUGAGGAGGAUAGAAAACAGCAAUUGAAAUAAUAUUGUUUUAUAAAACACCAGGGGAGGAGGAAUUAGAGGAAACGGAGGGGUGAUUUUCCCCAGAGAGAAAAAAAGGGGAGGAAGUGGAAGUGGAAAGAGUGAAGGAGAAAAAAAAUAAGUGCAACAGGUCUAUAAAUACUGAGAAUUUUUACUUAAAGUUUUGUUGCCUGUAAAGAGAAAGAGUAAAGAAAAGAGAAAGAAGAGAAAGAAGAAAGAAGGAAGGAAGGAAGGAAACGGGAAAGAAAGAAAGAAGGAAAAGGAGAAUAACAAAAGAGACAGGAAUUUUUUUAUUUGGAGAAACAAAAUGGCAACUAGAAAGCCACAGGAGGAAAGAAAAAAAAGAGAAAAAAAAGAUAACAUCACUGACAAAAGGUUGUCAGGUUAUUUCUCCCCUCCUCCAAACAAAUCCCAAUUGAAUCUUGAAAAUCAGGAUAAUUCCCCUCCCCCCAAAUCUAACUCUAAUCCCUCUCAUGUUACACAGGCGGGUAAACCUCUAACUGAAGAGACUCUAAUUAACUACCUAGAUAAAUUGCAGGAAAACAUUAAAGAAGACAUUCAAAAAGGAUCAUUAGACUUAAAACAUGAGAUAAGAAAUAUGAAAGUACAAUUGGAAUCUAUAGAGUCUAAGACGAUCCAAACAGAUCUUAAAAAUGCACAUAUAGAGUUAUUAAUGACAGACCUGCAAUCCAAGGUAGAAUUGUUAGAGGAUAAAAUAAAUGAUUUGGAAGAUCGUUCCAGGAGAACUAACAUAAGAAUUCGUAAUAUUCCGGAACAUAUUAACGAAUCAACACUGAAAAAAUUUUUAGUGGAAUACUUUGAAACAGUAUUAUCUCAAGCUGGUUUACAAGACUCAGAAUUAGAAAGAUAUCAUAGGUUACCCAGACCCAGAAAUGUGGCUGAAUCAUUACCGAGAGAUGUAAUUGUCAAAUUUCAAUCUUUCUUCACUAAAAAUCAAAUAAUGAGUUCUCUGAGAAGUAAGCCAGUUACAGAAGAGAGAUUUAAGAACUUGAAGGUUUUCCAGGAUCUAUCUUUCCAAACAAGAGCAUGGCGGAAGAGUUUUAUUCAGGAACUAGCCAUAUUAAGAUCUAAAGAAGUGAAAUACAUAUGGGGAUUCCCUAAAUGCCUUAGGAUUUUUUGGAGAGGAACGAAUGAAAAAUUCACUACUCUGGAUGCCUUGAGAAAAUGGAUGGAAGAGCAAUCAAUUGUGGACGCCAUAUAAUACGUGACAUUAACUAAAAACCCAAGAGAAUUUGCAGUAGUCUGGAUGGAAAAGGACAAUCAAAAAAAAAAAAAAAAGGCUGGGUCUUUGGGAAUUGAUAGAUAUUAUGGAAGCAUGGAGAAAGAUAAUGCUAAAGAAUGAGUGUUAAUGAUAAUGUGUAUGGUGGGUUUAUUAUUAGUACACGUUUGAGAAAGAUGGUAAGAGCUAGUAUUUUUAAGGAUUAAAUAAUCACAUAAACUGCGUUAAUCUAUAAAAUUGGUAGUCUAACACUGUAAAAAGAUGUAAUACUUACACACAGAACUAGAAUUUAUAAAGGAUAUGGAAAUACUGGUAAUCUGAAUAAGACACGGGAAGAAUUAAUAUAAAGGAUAGAUCGAUCCAUAUACACAGUAUAAACUGUUAAUGAUUGUAUAUAUAUAUUCAUGGCUAGAUUUGGGAUAUAUGGUUGGACUUAAUACAGCUAAGAGAUAGAGACUGUAUAUAUUUUUUGAAAAAUACAUAAUUGGUAUGGUGGUAAUAACAAUUUGAACAAGAUGUAUGGAAUGCACUUUAUAAAUAGGCGCACGGAUUUCACAAUAUAAGGAAUGUUUGUAAAUUUUUAAAGACCAGAUAUCUAGCUUGUUAAGGAUCGCAGGCUGCAAAAUAAGUUUUUUUUUUUUUGGUGUAUGAUUUUCGGACGCUCCCUUCUAUAUUGCCCCACCGAGUGUCAUCUGUGUUGACACAAAUACCGAGAUAUGGUAUUCUAUAAUACCAUUUCACGAGGACACAGAUGGUUCCUGAGUGGUGAGUCGAGAGACAACCACUUGGAAGCCAGGCUGUGUCGGGCCAGACUGGGUGUUUUUCCCAUAAGGCUUAUGUGGGUCUAUGUCCAAUGGACCAUCUGUGUUUUGUGUGAAUGUAUUGCAGCUCUCUUGGGGUCAGUGGCAACAAUGGUUCUUCUUUUUGAAUUAAAAUGGUAAAGAUGAUCUCGGUUAAUGUUCAGGGCCUUAAUUCUCCCAUUAAGAAAUCUCUAAUAUACGAUUAUAUGUUGAGAAAUAAAGUGGAAGUGGGCUUCUUUCAAGAGACCCACUGGUCAGAUAUAGAUAAUCAAAGCUGGGGUGGUUUAAAAUUUCCUACAGUGAUACAUGCUUCAUUAAGGGAUAAAAAAAAAAGAGGAGUAGCAAUAGUUUUUUCCCACACUCUAAAAGUGGAUUUAAUACAUCAAAUUAAGGAUAAGGAAGGUAGAUAUGUAAUAGUCUGCUGUAAAUUAAAUGAGAUACCAUAUACAUUGACCAAUAUAUAUCUUCCCAAUGACUUCCCUGCUCCAACCCUAAAAAGGGUGUUAGGUUUAAUAGAUUCUAUUAAAUUAGGCACAUGUUUGGUGGCUGGGGAUUUUAACAGUGUAUUGGAUCCGAUAUUAGAUAAGAAGACAAUCUCAACAUUGUUCCAUCAAAAAAGAACAGAUAAACUUGCAAGAUCUAUUAAUAGAAUUAGGAUUGAUUUUGAUUUUUUUGAUCUCUGGAGAACGACCAAUCCUGACUCACUGGAAUAUACGUUUUUCUCACGUGUACAUCUUUCGUAUUCCCGAAUAGAUAUGGUGUGGGGCAAUAUGACAGCAUUGACGAAUAUUAAAUAUUUUAAGAUACUGGAUAAUACUUGGUCAGACCACAGUAUUAAUAUGUGGGAGAUGAAGAAUCAAUGGACCAGGAUUGGUCGUGAUACCUGGCGUAUGGAGGAAAAUUUAUUAAAAUCUAAGAUUAAUCUUGAUAUACUAGAAAAACAAAUAGUAAUCUUUUUUCUUGAAAACGACCCUAAUGACACCUCAUAUAUAAACAAUUGGUGUGCCUUUAAAUCCACAAUGAGAGGUAAUAUUAUAAGUAUACAAACAAGAUAUAAAGCAGAAAACAAUAGAAUUUUUCUAGAAUUACAAGCAGAACUAAAAAAGAUCGCAAGUAAAAAUAAGCAAUCUCCUUCUAAAGAAAAGGCAGACGAAUUGAAAAGUAUUCAAAAUAGAAUAAAUAAUUUUUUGACAGCAAAGAAUGCAAAAUUAAUGAAUAAACUUAAAGCAAACUAUUAUUAUAGGGGGAACCGAGCGGAUAGAAAUAUGACAAAAAAAUUAAGAGAUAAAAUCGGAUCCAGCAAAAUAAUAAAGAUAGUGGAUGAAGAGGGGGUAUACUUAGACCCCCAAAAAAUAGGUGAGAGAUUUAAUAAGUACUAUGAGGCUUUGUAUAAUCUAACUCCCCCGAUAAUAAAUGAAGAGGAUUAUUUGAGUAAAACCAAUACACCUAAAUUAACAUUAGAACAAAGUAAUAAUUUAAAUACUCUAAUUACAGUCCAAGAAGUAGAGGCAGCGAUAAACAAAUUAAAAUCAGAAAAGACGCCAGGUCCAGAUGGUUUUGCAAAUAUAUUUUACAAAUCCUUUAAAAAUAUUAUAGUUUCUCAUUUAACAAAUAUGUUUAACGAAAUUGUAUCAGUUGGCAAAUUUCCUACCGAAAUGCUAAGUGCAAAUAUUCUUCCAAUCUUAAAAGAUAAUAAAGACCCUGUAAAGGUGGAGAACUAUAGACCCAUCUCUUUAAUUAACACAGAUGUUAAAAUCUUUUCAUCAGUUUUGGCAAAUAGACUAAGGGGAUUAAUGGAGCAUAUAAUCAAAAAUGAUCAAAUUGGUUUCGUACAAGGUAGAGAUCCGGUAGAUAAUUCUAGAAGAUUAUUGGAUCUGAUAGAUGCAUCUGGAAGAAAUAAUAAACCUUUAUUUGUAUUGGCUGUAGAUGCUGAGAAAGCUUUCGACAGGGUCGGUUGGGACUUUUUAAGGAUAACUAUGGAAAAAUUUGGAAUCCAGGGUAGGAUGCUUAAUGCUAUUUUAGCUCUAUAUGAAGGUCCAAAAGCAAGAACAGUGGCUCCAAAUAUAUGUUCAGAGUGGUUUACAUUAAAAAAUGGCACGAGACAGGGUUGUCCUCUGUCGCCUAUAUUAUAUAUUAUGACAAUGGAGAUUUUAGCUACCAAUAUUAGAGAUCACCCUCGAAUUAAAGGAUUUAGAUACAGAGAGACAGAAUUUAAAUUGAAUUUAUAUGCGGAUGACUUGAUUUUGACCCUAACCGACCCUGUCGAAUCGCUUAGUGCCUUAAUGGAAGAGAUAGACAAAUACAGUUUGAUUUCAAAUUAUAAAAUAAAUACAACGAAGUCUACUUUUUUAGCUAUAAAUAUUUCUAGAGACUCUAUCCAACAGAUUAAAGAUAAAUAUAAAUUUAACUGUGAUAAAAACAGGUUAUCCUAUUUAGGUAUAGUGAUUUCUGAUGAUUCAAAAGAUACGGUCCAAACAAAUUUCUUGAAAACAUUUAGAUCGACACAUGAGUCACUAAAAAGAUGGAGACAAACUGAAUUAUCUUGGUGGGGUAGAAUCAAUUUGGUAAACUCGUACUUACUCCCUAAAUGGUCCUACUUAUUUCGUAUGAUCCCUUUGAGAAUGCCACAACCAUGGUUAUCUAUGAUACAACGAGACAUAAACAAUUUUAUAUGGAAAGGAAAAAGGCCGAGGAUGAAUAAGCAUCUUUUGAUGCAGAAAAGUAGGAAAGGAGGGAUAAAUUUUCCAAAUGUCAACACAAUCUACUUAGCUAAUAUGAUGUUUCAUAUAUAUAAGACACAAUUAUUAAGUUCAGAGGAAGCUGGAUGGUAUCAAUUAGAAAUGGAGAUGGUAGAAAUGGAAAAUUUACAUCAAUUGAUAUGGUUAACUAAUCAAGACGAAAGAAUUAAAAAGGCCUGUACUCUUAAUAAUUGCUUGCAAUCCAUUCUAAUGGAGUGGGAAAAGCUUAGGAUUAAUAGCGGAAUCCGCAAUAAAAUAUUGGGAAACUUUAACCUUAGUAUUAUACAACUAAGGAUGAAAGAUUUAAAUAUUAGUGAAUGGACAAGGAGAGGUAUUGUUUAUAUAAAUCAAAUAAUAACGGGAGAUAAAAUUAAAUCUUUCGAAAAUCUGACACAAGAAUUUUCAUUAUCUAGGAAAGAGUGGUACAAUUAUUUAAGAAUCAGAAGCUUUAUUAAACAGUUUUUGUUACACCGACCUACAGCCGGUAUAGAAAACCUGAUAGUUUUAUUAAGAAAUGAGAGGGUAACGCAAAUAGUCUCAAAGGCAAGGACUGUUCUUCUUCAACUCGAAGCACCAAAUUUAAAUGUAAAUAUUCAAAAAUGGAGUAAAGAGUUAAAUGUACAGAUUCUAAAGUCUGAAUGGGACCAAGUAUUAUAUCAAACAAGUAAAAUAAUCCAUUGUUUGAAUCUUCUUGAGGUAUUAUUUAAAUUAAUGAACCGCUGGUAUUUAGUUCCCACCAGACUGUCCAAAAUGUACACUUCUAAUUCCGCACUGUGUUGGAGAUGUAAUGACAAAGAGGGGACUUUUGGACAUAUAUGGUGGGACUGUAGUAAGGUAAAAAUUCUGUGGUUUAUGGCUUUUGAGUCAUUGGAGUAUAUUACAGAAACAAAAAUCCCUAGAGGCCACCAGAAUGGUCUAUUUCACCUAAAUCUGCAAUCACUCCUCUUUAAGAACAAAUUUAUUUAUGUCCAUUUUGUAGCAGCAAUAAAAAUAAUAAUCGCAAGGAAUUGGAAGAGUAGCGCAAAUUUUACGCAUGCUCAGCUGUAUUCACAAGUCCAAUACCAAUUAACCAUGGAAGCCUUGGGAUACCAGUCUAUAAAAAUUAGAGAUGUUAGCAAUUUCUGGAAAGAAAAAAUGGAGAGUCUGAUUAGAUAAAACCCUGGACAAAAAUUAAUAGAAUAAUGUGCGUUUUUUCAUCUUUUCCUUUCCAUUUCUUUUAAGGUAGUAAGAUAGAGGUGCCACUGUACUACCCCAAGUAGAGUCUGCAAUACAAGUCUGUUUUUGUAUGUUUGUUAAGUACAUCAUACUAAUGAAUCCUAGUAAAGCCAAUUAUUUAAUAAAAGUAAUAAUAGAUAGUGAAGAAGGAUGACUAUUAUGGGAGACAAAACUUUAAUCUUAGAAGGACGGUUGGACGGAAAUUUCUGUCAUGCCCAUUGUUUUUGUUAUUUUGGUAUAUGGAUUUGUUUAAUGAAUAAAAUAUAAUUUAGUAAAGAAAUAGGGAACAAGUAACAAUAGUGUAAACACAUGAUAAUGAGCAAUAUUUAAUAUAUAUGUAUAUAUGUAAUACUACAUGUCCUAUUUAAUUAGUGCUAAAUGUUUACAUUUGCUAAUGUCUUUCUAUAUUAGUAUGGAUGUCGCUAAUGUUUCGUACGUUUUGUAAAGGAAAAUUGAAAUAAAUAAAUUAUAAAAAAAAAAAAAAAAAAUUGUCAAUGGCGCAAUUAGAAUUUGUGUACUAAAAUCAACCAUGUUAAAAAAUAAAGUGCAAUGUAUUUUUUUAACAAAAUACACAAAACAUUACAAUUACCAUACAUUUAGGGUGCGGAAUGUCAAUGCCAAUAUUUGAGCGUUUUGUGGAGGUUCUGCACACUAGAUUUUGAUAAUAGCACUUUCUUCAGCGUUUUGUACAAUUUAUAAAAAAUUAAUACACUUGCACUUUAUUUUAGGUGUGCUUGAUUUCAGUACACAAAUUCUUGUCGGGUCAUUACGAGUUUUGUGGUCAAUUCUCAGAGGACAUUAUCGGUUGGUCCAGCAGUACUUAUAUGUAUUCUGUAAUAAUAAAUAGCAAAUUUGUUCUGUUUUGCCUUUUCCCUUCUUCUUUACUUAUAUAUACUGAUUUUUCUGUGCAUUAUCUGGGUCUUUUUUAUUAAACAUUUUCAUAUUUUUGCAAUGAGAUGGCAGAAAAUUUUGUAUACCACUUUCUUUGAUAAUGUUUUUUAUUUAUAUUGUUAAAUGUAUUUAUAAUUGUAUUACUACUUUUGUCAUAAAACACAUUUUUCAAUUAUAAAAUUGGGCAAAUUGGGGAAAAUACAUAUUCCCGCAUUUAUACAGACUAUAAAAGUCACUGUGUUAAAAAAAAUCAUCAAUGCAAGUACAGGCACAACUACGCAUACAACUUAUAAAUAAUUACACAAACACAUACACAUACAAAAAGACAUUAUGGUAAAAAACAAACAAAUGGUGGGUGGGGGGUAACAGACACUAUGUAAUAAUGAAGUUAAUGAAUGAUUUCCUUGUUGUCUGUCUUGCUACCAAUCCGUAGGGAAUUUUAUGCUCUAAAACCAAUUUAAUUCUGAAGACCACUUCUAAAUGUAAGCCACAGAACAAUGCGAUACAAACCCCUUUAUUUAUCAUAUCAUUGAUGAAACGUAAUUGGAAUAAAAUAUUCAGCUAUAAAGAGUUCUAAAUAGCCAGCAUAGGAACAGUUUAAUAAUAGAACAUGUAUGACUGAUGUGCUUAUAAUCAUUUGUGUAUUAUUUGACAGCUGAUGCUUCUGGAAGAUGCAUGGAGAGAGCUAUUUGUUCUGGGAAUUUCACAAUGGGCCAUCCCGGUUGAUGCUAACACACUGCUGGCUGUUUCUGGUAAGGACCGCUCAAUUUAAUGACUUUGUUCUAGAAAAUUAACAUUAAAAUACAUUACUCGCAACAAAAACAACAUGUGAAGAAUAAUAAAUCUCUUCUGAACAAUACACUAUACCUGUCAUUUAUAAAUCUAUAUUUAAAUGCAAAUAGCGUUGUCUUGUUGUAUUCAUAACUGCUUGUAUCGUUAUUGAAAUGCAAAUUACUGUGUUUGUUAUCAUCCAAAAGAGUAUUUCAUAAUAACUUUCCAAACAUAAAAUCGACACUGAAAUAGUUUAUCUUGCGCUGUCAGUUUGAUAGAUGUUAAGUAUGGAGAUCUGAGAGAGAUUAAAACCAAGCAAUGGGUAUGUUUUGAUUUUAGGAAUGAACAAUGAUAACACUGAUUCGCAGAAGUUGAAUAAGAUCAUCUCAGAGAUCCAGGCUUUACAAGAAGUGGUGGCCAGGUUUCGUCAGCUACGGCUCGACGCUACAGAAUUUGCCUGUCUCAAAUGCAUUGUCACUUUUAAAGCUGGUACGUAUAUAACAUAUGUUCUAGUCUAACACCAAUAAAGUCCCCAAAGUUGGAUCCAGUGCUUUAGCCAACAAGUUGAUUAAUCAACUACAUAGCCAAUAGUUAGUAUAUAUGUAUUAAUGAUAAACUAAUUAAAACUAUUUUAUUUUACAGAGGGAUUUGUAGCAUAUUUAUUUAUUCUCUUUAAGUUAGCUAAUGAAAAUGAUUUUUAAAAAAAACAUCAGAAAAUUCACAUUUCGGAAGAUAGACAGACAGACAGACAUGGACAGACGGACAGACAUACAGACAAAAUAGCAGAUGAUCUUGUUUCUUUUAUCUUGCAUAAGAUUCCAAUUUCCUUAAACGUCCCAACAGUAGUUAUUUUUUCUUGUUUAUAGGCAUGGCAUGAUAUAUGAAGGCCAAAAUAGAUGAGCCAGAAUUGUAGAAUUCUUCCACAAGCAGUGUUCUCCCAUACGUGUUCCCCACAGACAUGCAGCAUCGCAAGCAGCAUCCUUAUAAACAUGUAACACUACACGCAGCCUUCCCACAAACUCUCAAUACACUAAGUAACAUCCCCACAAACAUGCAAGAACACAAGCAGUGUCCCUACAAACACACAAUACUACAAGCAGUCUACUCACACACAACACCAGAGCCAGCAACACCAUAAACCGUAUACAACACACCUUCACCCAGCCCUGUCUCUCUUGUUGUCUGGUGACACAAGAGACAAGAAACAGCUCUUCACCAGGACUCUGUGCACAGGCUGCCCUGGAGGCACAUUGGGCUGCCUACUUUGGAAGAUGCAUUGGUGAUAAAGUGAACUUAAAGGGAAUUCCUGUAAAAACGUGAAUUGUGGUAAUUUGCAAGAGAAUAGCAAAAUCUCUGUCAAAACAGCAAAACUGGAAAUAUUCUCUAAUUCAUCUCUUUUUUCCAAGUCAACUUCCUUGACCAGAUCGUUUUUUUGGUAGGGUUUUUUAGCAAAUAGACACAUUGACAUACUAACCUACUCAUAUACAGCAGUAAGAUCCAAAAACACAUUCAUUAUUAUUAAUAUUAUUAUUUUUUUAAAUCGUCAGCUAAGGACCUGUAAUCUGUCAGGGACAUAAAAUUGGUUGUUGGAGGAAGGGAGGGGGGUUCACAAAUUAAAGGCACACUAAAGUCACCAGAGCAAAACGGCUUAAUAUAGUUGUUUUGGUAUGUAUAGUAAUUUGGGGGGAGGAGGGGGGCAAUAAAAAGGGGGGGGCAAGAUAGUGUUUUUAGCACUAUAGGGUCAGGAAUACAUGUUUGUGUUCUUGACCCUAUAGUGUUCCUUUAAGGACUUGCCCUGGGUACCUCAUGAUCUUGCUAUGUCCCUGCUAUGCUUAACUCCUAAAUGGCAGAGAAUUGAGCACUAAGACUGCCGGGGCAUGGUCUAUACCGAAAAAAACAACACUUUAUUAAGCUAAAGCUUUUUUGUUGCUCAGAGCAUCCCUUUAAAUAAUGAAAACAGCCGCUCAAAAGCAUACAUUAGCUGUUAUAUUUAGUGUUAUUAUUACACAGCGUAAUGUUUUACAGCUGUGGAGUGAAAUGAAAGUUACUACAGAAUUGUGUUGGCAGUGACAAAGUGUAUUAUGCUAAUAACUUCCUGUAUUUUUUUUUUUUCCCAAUGUUUUAACAAGCCAUUAAGACAUUAAAUGACUAACAGUGAAUUCAUUCUCCCUUCCAGUUCCUACACAUAGUGGUUCUGAAUUGAGGACUAUCCAGAAUUCCACUGCAAUAGCAGCUUUACAAGACGAGGCUCAGCUCACUCUAAACAGCUAUAUACAUACCAGGUGAUUAUGACUGUCACUGUGAAAGCAGGGACCAGACAUAGUAUUGAUGUCACAACACACUAAGAGUAAUGACUAUGACAAUUGGCGAAUAAUAUACCGUUGUAAUAUAAGAAUGCUUUUAAAAAAACAACAAAGCAUUUAAAAGGUUUUCCUUGUAGCAAUGGGAAGAAGAAAUCAUUACUAAGCACAAUACAGUACUCAGCAACCCAGCUGUGCAUUAUUACUGCCUUGGGAUAUGAAUAUACCAUAUAAUAUUUAUAUAUAUAUAUAUAUAUAUAUAUAUAUAUAUAUAAUGUAAUAAUAGAAAUCCAUGUUUGUAUGUAAUUAUAGAAUUGUACAGAAUUUGGUGCCACUCCAUCUGUUCUAGCUAACCAUGGCUAAUAUAUAUGCAUAUAUUAUAUAUGUAUAACAUAAAUGUAUUUAUAUAUGUAACAUAUAGGUAUGUAUAUAUCUAGAUAGAUAGAUAGAUAAAUCCAAAGCUCCUGCACUCAAACUUUAACAAAAUAAAUACCUGGUGCUCUGGUCAAUAUUUAGAUAGAUAGAUAGAUAGAUAGACAGAUAAAUAGAUACAUAUAUAUUUCACAGAGAUCAUGCUGGUGUGCUAGUGAUCCAAGACCACUAUUUAUCUACUAAAUUCGCUCUUUUUCUAUUUAUCCCUAAUAUUGUGAUUUUUCUUGUAACUCUUUUUUCACACAUCAAAACUGGGGCCAUUUUGGCUAUUUGUUAGCUACAAGCUGAUACCUUAAGCGUAAAACAUAAUCUUGCCCAAUAUCUUUACAAUUUCUAUCUGCCUUUUCUGGAUAUUUACUCCUAUUUGCUUUUACAAUUUAUGUUUUCUCGUUUUAAAUGACUAGUAAAAGUUAUGUUUUCUUAUUAUAUGCAGUCUAGUUCUGGAAAAAAAGGCGUUCCAGCAGUCCAGUACAAGUUUUUCAGCCGUUACAGAGCAUCCAAUAGAUUGGGUGGCACCUAGGUAAUAACUGGUCUUUAAUUACCAGCACCCAACUCCAUGAUAGAGGAGUUUGUGGUCCUCCACAUUGGAAUCAAAGUGCAAUCCAUGGGAUUCACAAUGUAGGGGCUCAGUAGUCAAAUUUGUUGGUGCUCACAGUAUAAAACAAAAAAGGCUCUUACCUUUUGGUCCUAUUGUACUAGGACUGUGACUUUACUGUCGUUAUUUUACCUUUGCGGUCUUUAAUCCAUAAUGCACUGUGUAAACAACAUUAUGAAUGUGUGCACAAUCAUGGCUACAUGAAGAAUGAAAAAAAGAAAACACAUUGCAGUACACACUGAGUAGUAUAUGUAGUCAAGGCACAUUCAAGUUGUACAAGUGCUUCAAAUUAUUCCUCUGUAAUGUGAAUAAAAACAAUGUGAUUUGAAAUAACCUGUAUACGAUGUUGCUUAUAUAUUAUAUUUUAGGAUUUAAAUUAUUGUGAUCUUUUCUUUUUAUACUUAACAGAUACCCUACACAGCCCUGCCGUUUUGGAAAACUUUUAUUGCUUCUGCCAGCUUUACGUUCCAUAAGCCCAUCCACCAUAGAAGAAGUAUUUUUCAAAAAAACUAUUGGAAAUGUUCCCAUCACACGGCUUCUGUCUGACAUGUAUAAAUCCAGUGACAUCUAACCCAUGGGUAUUGUCCCAUUGGAAAUGACUGUUCAGAGGGAGACAAGUCAGCAAAAAAAUAAAUAAAAGAGACCAAGAUUCUGGACAAUAAUCUCUUGUUAAAAAAACAUCAUAUUGAUGAAUAUGCUAUCCAGUUACAUUCUAGAGCACAAAAGAACUUGGUUUCAAAAGACAUUUCAUCUCAAAAUUGAAGUGUAAAUUAAAUGUGCUAUCUGCUUCUAUUUUCACGAGUGCUGUUAAAAGAUGUCACAUGGUGUACAUAAAUAUAAAAAAAUCACAUAAAGGAUCACUAUAGUGUCAGAAAUCUAUUCCUGACACUAUAGUGCUGGUGUGGCUGUUUAGGACCCCAGCCCCCAUUGCUCUGCGGCAAGAAGGUGAGAUUACUCACCUUUUUUUCCCACGUUGUGCCGCUCUCACCGCGGCUGGCUUUGCCUGGUCCCGCCUCUAUGGCCUGAUGAUCUUGAUGAUCUCAGCCAAUCAAAUGCUUUCCUGUAGGAAAGCAUUGGGGGCUAUUGUGCACGUGUCAAUCAGGAUCGCCUCAUAGAGAUGCAUUGAAUCAAUGCAUCUCUAUGGGAAGCGUUCAGCGUCUCCAUGAUAAUGUUCUGGUAGAAAUAUCAAAAAGUCCUCAUGAAGCAGACAUUUAUAUUCAGAUUUAUCAGAACGAGAAAAAAAAAAGAUCAUGUUUUACUGGAAUUAUCAAAGGGGUCAAAUGCUUAUCCUUAAAAUGUGUAUAUAUAUAUAUAUAUAUAUAUAUAUAUAUAUAUAUAUUGAGACAAUAUACAUUUAUUUACGUGAAAAAAGAAAGAAAAUUUGGACAUUUAAUUUUCACUUUUGAUCAGAAGUCUGAAGAGCCUUAAAAAAAUUAAAUACCUGAAAACAAAGUGGAGAACUAAAUGAAUUGUCUGAAUACACUAACCAAAGGCAACUGCAUGCAAAUAUUUGGUCAUAAAACAGAGAGAAAUGUAUGGAGAUUAUUCACUAAACAGAAGACUGUGGUAUGAUAACUACAGACUUGCGAAAAUGAAGCCAAAACAUGGAGCGCGGAAAAAACUUCAACUUGAACCCUCCUGUUUAGCAUAAAAGAUAGCACAAUUCAACCAGCCAAACUAGUAAUGAUUUUACUUCCUAUGUCAAUGACUUUAUGAAUCAAUAUCUCUGGUUCUGUAAAAUGAUCGCAGAGUAACAAACACUUACUCAACCCACAACAAUUUAGGAAGAUGGGACAUUUAGUUACAGCUCAAAGUAGCUACUUUACAUCCUACGAUUUGGUGUGUUUUAGGUUCUAGCACUAAGAAAAAUCAGCACUUCGACUAUCUUAGAUACGUAAAUCUUUUCUUGUACAAAGUGUCAACUAAUUUGUGAAUUAAAG